GUUUCUCACCAUUAUCCCGGCAUUAGUUCUAGCAGGCUUUUUGGACUUUGUGUCUUUUUAUAUUGUAUUUACAGAAAAAUUAUAAAAGUUAAAAAAGAAUGCUACAAGAAUAUAAGUUCCUUAUCCUUAGAAGGUUGCAUCACUGGAAAUAUUGAUGUCCGAAAAAUCUUUCAAACAUGAGUUUAUACAUACCAAAUCAGCCAUCCGGAAAUCACUAUGAACCCCAUUUCAACCCUUACUGGGGUGUCCUCCCAUCAUUCAAAACAAUAAAACGUCAGAGUAUUAUAGGUUACACACUUUCAUAGCAGUAUAGUGUUUUUUGACAACAUCAACUGCCCGACCAAUAUAGUGUAGUUAAAUGGCACCAACUAUCAGAGCAAGAGAGACUAGUACCGUCCGUGUUACUUAUAAUCAUAGAGUAUAUUUACAUGCCACCAACUGCCCGAUCAAUAUAGUGUUAAUAAACAGCACCGAAUAUCAGAGUAAGAAAGACUAGUACCGUCCAUGUUAUUUAUAAUAAUAGAGUAUAUUCACACUCCACCAACUGCCCGACCAAUAUAGUGUGAUUAAACAGCACCAACUAUCAGAGCAAGAAAGACGAGUACCAUCCGUUUUAUUUAGAGUAAUAGAGUAUAUUCACACGCAAUCAACUGCCCGACCAAUAUGGUGUUAAUAAAUAGCAACAACUAUCAGAGCAAGAAAGAUGAGUACCAUCCGUGUAACUUAUAAUAAUAGAGUAUAUUCACACGCCACCAACUGCCAGACCAAUAUAGUGUGAUUAAACAGCACCAAAUAUCAGAGUAAGGAAGACCAGUACCGUCCGUGUUAUUUAUAAUAAUAGAUUAUAUUCACACGCCACCAACUGCCAGACCAAUAUAGUGUGAUUAAACAGCGCCAAAUAUCAGAGUAAGGAAGACCAGUACUGUCCGUGUUAUUUAUAAUAAUAGAGUAUAUUCACACGCCACCAACUGCCAGACCAAUAUAGUGUGAUUAAACAGCGCCAAAUAUCAGAGUAAGGAAGACCAGUACUGUCCGUGUUAUUUAUAAUAAUAGAGUAUAUUCACACGCCACCAACUGCCAGACCAAUAUAGUGUGAUUAAACAGCGCCAAAUAUCAGAGUAAGGAAGACCAGUACUGUCCGUGUUAUUUAUAAUAAUAGAGUAUAUUCACACGCCACCAACUGCCAGACCAAUAUAGUGUGAUUAAACGGCACCAUCUAUCAGAGCAAGAAAGACGAGUACUGUCCGUGUUACUUAGAAUAACAGAGUAUAUUCACACGCCACCAACUGCCAGAGUAAUAUUGACGUAGGCACAUUGACUUGAAAGAGUGAUCUAGUGCAGUCAUUGUCUAUCAACUGACAGAAUACCCCGGAGGAGUCAUAGACUGUGAUCUGCCCGAGCAAUUGUCGUAAUCGUACACCAAACACAGUGUGUCGAGUCACUUCUUCCAUAAUGUGUCAAAAGCCACGAUAGACUGACGUCUGCAAACUGUGCUAAGCUGUAUUUAUUGUAGGCAAAAUGGCAAAAAUCAUUAUCUGACGUUUUUCUCUUCAUUUAAAUUGACGGGAUUUUGGUUCAUGUGGUGUUUUGCAGACCAGCUGUCCAUAAAAUGAACAUAUUAUAUACUUUUCCAUAUAUGAUGUUGGCUCUCUCAGUUAAUCACAUGGCACAGAUGGCACACAAUGCCGCCAUUGAAGUGGGCAGUAUGUGCAUGCUUUAUAUAUGAAUUUCCUAUCUGAUUCACCAACUUUACCCUCUAGCCAGCAGUCUGUUCCCUGAACUCUGUACUUCUCGCUUUCCCUCUCUCCUCCCCGCUCUCCCGCAUCUCCAUCUAUCGUCCAAUAUAAAGGUCACAGUCUCUCUGGAUUAAACUCCUUCUUUGUCUGGUUCACAAUGGAAGUUUCCCUGCAUCCUCGUGUCUGAGUAGAUAAUCAUUUAUUAUAUUGAAACAGAGCUGAAAUCUCCCACAUACACAGGUCAGUGGCGGGACACAGACACACACAAGCAGGGGCACCGUAAUACUACCUCUACAGACAGUAAAAACAAGGGUGACAAAAUGAUUUCAGGAAGAGGGACUUGUGACAUUCUCACUUGAAGUUCACACAGAGAGAAGGAAUAUUAACUGCAUAAGGUCAUGCAAGGAGAGGGACAGGAUUAUUCCUAUUUUAUGCGGGACGUUGCUUAGGGUAGAAUUAAUCAAAUAAAAAAAACAAACGGCUGGGGUACAACAUAUCAUGGUUCUAGUUAUUUAAUUUUUUCCGAUGGAUUUUCGGUUCUAAGUUAAUUGGGGCGAUGUUUCUAAUUCUGUGUUUAGUAAAUAAAGUACAAGUGGAACCUGACCUUUGUGGGUUUUAGAAAGUUCUUAAUACAGGCCUAGAUAAAGGCUGUAGACAUGGUGAAUACUAUGGCAAUAUACCAUGCUCCAUAUUUCUGCUCAAACAUGUUCGACCACUGAAAACAAAUUGUAUAAAACAGGUAGACCUGUGUCACACAAAUCCCAUUUAUUGCCGGCUGUGCAUGAAUGUAACCACGUUGAGAUAUUUCCAUGGAAAAAAAUCACAAGACUUGUUUGAGCGUUACUCUUUGAUGUAAAUUGGUUUAAUGAGUCAGACUGUUGGGUCACAGUAGGUGAAUUGCUUGUAGUUAUAUGACAGAUUAUAGUAUGUACUAAACGAACACCCAACACAGCCCACUAUACUAAAAGGGUUCUGCUAUUUUGUCUUCAGAUUUGAAAUUAACUUUAAAUUCACUUCAAAUUCACUUGCCACACUAGGUCACAAGCUGGACUCAACCAUUCCCGAGUGGUGAUGUCCAAAGAGUCUUCUUUACAUGAGCCAUGAAAGAAGAGCUAGUGAGAUGGUCAUCGGCUAAAAUAUACAACUGUAGCUGACUCAAAGAAUUUUUCCAAUUAGCUAUUGUGUCCUAUAAUUUGAAAUGCACUUUGAAUUUCUUAAAUCUACACUUUAGUGGGUAACCAUAUGUAAGUAUAUGGAGAUUUAGUGAGUAUGCGUUUGUGGAAUAUUAUUGGACUCAUUUUUGAAGUUUAGAAAUAGAGGUUGCAAUCCCAGGGAAGAAUUUAGUUUUAAAAAUUUUUUUUUAUAAAAGUGGGAUAGACUGUGACCUCUUCAAAAAAAGAAGAAAACUUUCUUUUUGGCAGCCGUGUUACUCGCACAGAAUGGGAGGCCAGGUGAACCAAAUGUUAUAUUCCAUCCUGGUCACAAUGUUUAAGAUGUUUGGUUCUUAUGGUCAGUAUUUGUGGCCAGAGAUGACAGGAAAACUCUUUUCAUGUCUCUAUCCCCUUUGUUACACUUUAUAGAAUAUUGACUAUUGGAGGCAAUAUAUGUUGAUACAUAAUUGUACUGUCAGUAUGAACAGUAUUAUAGAAACAUAGAAACAUAGAAUGUGACGGCAGAUAAGAACCAUUCGGCCCAUCUAGUCUGCCAAAUUUUUUAAAUACUUUCAUUAGUCCCUAGCCUUAUCUUAUAGUUAGGAUUGCCUUAUGCCUAUCCCACGCAUGCUUAAACUCCUUUACUGUAUUAACCUCUACCACUUCAGCUGGAAGGCUAUUCCAUGCAUCCACUACCCUCUCGGUAAAGUAAUACUUCCUGAUAUUCAAUACUUCCUAGUAUUAUGCUUGGAAUAGUACUUAAUGUGUCCUGGUGAUCACCGUUUGUCAAUUACAUUCAUGUGUUUCUUUAAAUAAAGAGUUAAAAAAAAUAGAGCUCCAGGUUUUAAUAAAUUUAUAAGGAAAAGUAUGGACCAUUUUUCCUUAUAUUUAGCCGUCAAGUUGACAUAACUUGAGAAUCGAUGAAACUUAAAAAAACACUAUAGUGUCUGGAAUACAAACAUGUAUUCCUAGCACUAUAAUGCAUGACUACCUAUUUAGGUGACCAGCCCCCCUCAGUAAGGAGUUACAGAUAUUUUACUUACCUUUUCUCCAUGGCUGCGCUGGUCUUGCCGCGGCUGGCCUCAUCUCCAUGGCUGAGAUCAUCAGUAUUGAUGAUCUCAACCAAUCCAAUGCUUUCCAAUAGGAAAACGCCAUGCUGCGCCAGUCAGCAUUUCCUUGAAUCAAUGCAUCUCAAUGGGGAGCGUUCAGCGUCUCCACGCAGUGCAGCACUAAACUAGGAAGCGCCUCUAGUGGCCAACUGAAAAUGCAGCUCUUACUAAGUGCUAAGACUGCAGGGACAUGCUAUAGAUACCAGAACUACUACAUUAAAGGAUCUCAUUGAAGUGGUCUGGGUCUGUGUCCCUGUCCCCUUAACCAUGCAAUGUAAAAUUUAAACUGCCGAGUCUACAUUGCAGGGUUAAGACUGCCUCUAGUGGCUAUCUACCAGACAACCACAAUUGGUGUUUCCUGCUGUUUUUACAGAGUUUGCUUCAGUAAAAUGACACUGGACGUCCUCACGCUUAGCAUGAAGAAUCAAAACCCCCGUAGGAAAACAUUGAAUUAAACGCGCUCACCUCCGCCACCCCCACGCCAUUAGGGACACUUUAGCGUUAGGAGUAUAGUUUUGUCUUUCUAACGCUAUAGUGUUCCUUUAAGCUGUAGUGUUUCUGGUGACUAUAUUGUCCUUUUAAACAAUAUUCUGUUUCAUUUGACAAUUUAUUAGUACAAUCAAUCCCACAGAAGGGCAAACAGCAGACAUUAUGGACAGAGGGGAACAAAAUGGCUGCUCCCACAUACUGAUAUAUGGAAGGAAGAAAAAAAAAUAAAGGAAGAAAAAACAAUAAAUUUAAAUAAAGGCAAACGGUAGGAAGGGGAGAAUAUUCAUUAAGAUACAGAGAGAAUAAGGAGAGGAAAAUAGAAAGAAAAAAAACAUGGUCCCUUUAAGUGAUAACUACUGAUAGCUAAGCUCAUACGAAUGGUCACAAUGACAGGAGUGACAGAAACUUCUGAUGUCAGGUGACAGGAAAGAAAUAUUAUUAUUAUUAUAUUUAUUAAUAAACCGAACUUGGCCAGGGAGAGCGUCUCAGUGAUGUCAUUGGCUGAGGUGACCUCAUUGUUCCCAGGGGAGAAGUGACAUCAUGGGCCUGAGGUGUGAGACAGGAAAACCAGAAGGAAAUUAGACAAUGAGACACGGGGCCCACCACAAGGACGCCUUUAUUACGGGGGCAAGAAACGGACAUGAAAUCAGAGGCAGGACAAUUAAGAGAGCAGUAACUCAUGGAGUUUCCCUAGCAUGCGCAUAAUGAAGUCGUGGACUACAGCUGUGGCUCUAGAACCCAUCCUCUGGAUACCAAUAACAUUCAGAACCUAAAGAUAGCUCUGAUUGAAGAGAGUGCAGCCAAUCGAAGAUAAAGUGACCACAUUAUCCUGUUACUAGAGGAUGGGAGGACACAAAAUAAUCCACCUUCAAACGCUGUUUUCAAAGCUGUUUGUGUAUACCCAUGGCAGGGUCACCUGGGGCCUAGUCACUAAACUGAUAUGUACGAAGAGCCGAUAAGGGAAUUGAACAUUUUAGACAAAACUAGCUAAUUUGGAACAAUUUUACAAUAGUUUUCUUUUUUUAGAAAGCUCUUUAUUUUGGCCUAAAAUUUCCAUUUCUGUUGCCAGUUCUGGCUUCACAGGAGUUUUGUAGCUAUUACUAGGUUUCCAGAUCACGGUUUUGGAGGACAAAUAUGAAUGCUUCGUGAUGUGGGGCUGUACAUGAAAAGGGCUUCAGGUCGCAUGUAGCAUUCACAUGCUGUAAGUGUGCAAAAACGUAAUCUAUUAUGGCAGGGAUACGAAAGAACAUUUCUCCUGCAGCGUAUAAAUGCUACAUACGGCAGGGAGGGCUUUGCAAAGUCCCUGGGCACAAAAAACCCCCUAAAACCAUACAUCUGAGUCCUGCAGCAACACAGGGGUUUGGCAAUUCUAAUUCUAUUGACAGUGUCCAUCAUACCAGUUAUGGGGCUUAUUUACUAAGCAUUCAAAUGUAGUGAAUUGAAAACUGAAUCAGAAUUUACUGAUUAAAUCCAAGAGGCAAAACGUGAUUUGUGAGUAAAUACAUUUCAAAGACAGAAACAGAAAACACGGUUUGUUUUUACAUCGGACAGUGAUCGGACAGGGACUUUUGGUGUUUAUUAUGCCUACAUUAGUGCAAAGUAUCGUCUCUAUAUGUUGCUCAAUGUAUCAGAUAGCAGCCCUAUACUGCCACCUAGCGACUAUAAUAAGAAAAUGACAACAAAGAUUAAAAGGGAUUUGAUUUGUUUGUUCAGCUGAAAUUCAUUAAUGCACAAGUCUAAUGACUACCCCAAGACAGUGAUUGUUAAAAGACCUCUAAAGCACCAUAACAACUUCACUAAGAUGAAGCUGUUAGAGUGCCUGGCGCGAUCCAUUAAAAGCAAUGAUCUGUGUGUCCCAGUUUGCAUGCUCUCUUACACGAUCCUCUGUUAUUCAACUGCCUCUUUAAUGGAGCCAACUGAGAAAAGUCCCCAAACUUCGCAGCUAGAUUGUCUAAUUUUGCCAGUAUGACACCGUAUCUACAUAGUGUGCACUGGGAGCUCUGGGCUUUACGUCAUUAGACUGUAAGCUCGUUUGAGCAGGGUCCUCUUCAACCUAUCGUUUCUGUAAGUUUUCUUGUAAUUGUCCUAUUUAUAGUUAAAUCCCCCCUAUCAUAAUAUUGUAAAGCGCUACGGAAUCUGUUGGCGCUAUAUAAAUUAAUAAUAAUUAGUGAUGUGCAAUGUGGGUUAAUGUCUCUCAGUAAUGAUAAACUGGAUUUCCCAGCCGUCAUGCAGUCAGAGUAUCAUGGGAUAGUUUACAAACAGACGGAUUGCCAAGGCUAUCUAUCACUGCCCUCGCAUUAAUUGGUUUCCAUCCUAACUAGAGCUCCGAGGGAUACAAGUGCAGAUUAGAUGCAAAUAUGGGGUAAAAUUCAGCUCGAAAUAGCAUAAAGUAAAUUUCUACAUAAAAAGCAAAAGGAUGGACUGGUUAGAUUAAAGUGGUGCAACAUUUUGCUUUCCUUUUCUUGUACACAGAAUCGAAUGCAUUUACUGCAAAAUGAUCAAGUUAGGAAAAUAUCUCGUAAUUGAUCCACUUUGAGAUUGUUUUUUCUAACUCGGUUAUUUUGGUCCCAGUUUUUACAAGCUGAUCGUCAGCUCGUGACAAUUCACUGUUUAGUGAAUAAGUCCUUUUCGAACCUGAAUGACGCAGAGCAGCAGUGAUUUCAGUACAGCCAGGGCAUUGGUGAUUGUAUCGCUGAAUUCCUGUGUUCUGUUACAGAACUAAAUAUGCCGGAUGACGUGCCUGGUUUGGCUCAUAUCUACCCAUGAUUUGGUAGAGUAGGUAGUGAGUGAUUAUAGAACUCAUAUCCCCCAUUAACGUAAACACCAGUAGUGAGCAUACUUUUCUAUCGGUUAUGGUUUCUUUGUACCAAUGGUUUCCAGUACGGAUCAUUGGUAUCUAUUGGGUAUAAGGGACUUUCAGGGUUAUUCACUAAAGUCUGAAUGGCCACUAACCAAAUGGGUCAAAACCAUCCGGCUGCAUUGAAGACAUGGAGAAGCUGGGGGAGCAAAUGGGACACUUGGAGAGGCCGAGGAGGGGGGAAAUGGGAGAUAUGGAGAGGAAAUGGGACACUUGGAGAGGCUGGGGAGGAGGGAAAUGGGAGAUAUGGAGAGGCUGGGGAGGGGGGAAUCUGCCUGUUAAAUAAGUAGUUAUUUUGGACUUAAUCACAUGAAUAAAUUGUGUACAACUCCAUUGUAAUCUCUAAUGGAACCUUGAGGAGCCUCAUUUUUAACAUACAGGGUCCGCCCCGGGUGCCAAAUGCUGUUUGUAGGCUCUUUGCGCUACAUCUUCCAGUAUCUGUGUCAGUGCUGUACUUUUGCUCAUGCACACUAGAGUACAGCACAGAGGUCUAUGGAGGCUCCGAGUUCUGGGAUUGGAUGAACGUUAAAAGCAGAGUUCUGCCUUUUGUAAAUCUCAGGCCUUUACUAUAAAAGAAAAGAAUCCUACUUUGUGCUAUGGAAUCUUUGAAUUGUGUUGGAAUUUCAGUGACAUUCCACCAUAGUCAGCAUUAGUAUUUAUUAAUACAGUGAAUAAGAAGUGUCAUGCAGGCUCUCUUGCUAGGAUGGAGGGUUAUUAAAUCGUGUUCCAGAUGCCAUACUAUUUGCUGUGCAGACGUUUGUUCAGAAUAAAACGUGAAGAACACAAAGCAGUGUUUAUUAAUCUGCUGUUGAGUUACAUCAGAAGGAAAUCAGUUAGCGCACAUAUUAAUUACAUUCCGAAGCUUACAGUUAGCACAGAUCACUGGGACAGUAGGAUAAUGAAAAGGAAAUGAACAAUAGGAACAGUCAGGGCCAGUUUACAGUCAUGCGGAACACACACCAACUGUAGAACUGAAUUCUUUUAUAUCCUGCUGUCCAUUUAAACCUUCAUCAUCCAGAUCAUUGUCAAUUUAAACAUUUUUAGCUUCCAUUAUAUCAACUUCAGAGGCCUCUGCCAAUUUUAGCACUCUCCAUUAAACAUAUCUCUACAUUCACUUAUUUCCAGAUUAAUAAAUGUAUCUACGGGAUGCAUAUUGCAUCUUUUCCUAUCUGAAGAGUCCUAUGUCCUAUAUCCAAAAGGUGCCAUCUGAGUCCUAAUUGUAUCAGGUGUCAGAGAGGCAACUCCAUCUCCAGCGUCACUGGGGUGUCAUUAGACUGCUUGCGAUGGCUAAUGACAGUUCUUGCACAUUGGAUACUAGUCAUCAGCACGUACAGCAUGCUGGCAGCAGGCGCCAUAUGGCCGCACGCCUCCUCCAAGUCCUUCCUUCAGCCUGUUCUCCCCUACCACCUUCUCCUGGCAGCUAGGGGGAUUGACAUUAGAGGAGGAGGCUUUGGCUGAAGGAAGAACUUGACUUCGUUGCUGGAACAUGGGUCAUUACAUGCUUUUCUGUAAAAAAAAUUUAACCAGCAGGGGGAGCAGGGUAAGAUAGGGUUUCUCGAACCGUGAUUGGAAUAACCCUUUAAUUGAUAUGAAGUUGUUUUGAAGAAGGAGAGUCCCUUUAAGUCGUGUAAUAUUCAGAGAUUUGUUUUGCAAACCAUUUUUACUCCAUGCAGAAGGGAUUAUAUCUUUACCUUUUGUGACAUUUUGCCCUUUAAAUUGUAAACUAAACUGAGCAGGUCCCUCAUUACUGCCCUCAAACAUCCCGUUGCAAUAAAUGGUCUCUUCACCCAUUGUUUAACACUGCGCACAAUAUUGUUGUUUUACAAGUCAGAAUAAUACACACGACAAGCAAUAGUUAAAUGACUCUUGCGUUUGGGCUGGAAUAAGAAUGCCAGGAGUUUGAGAAAAAUGAUUUUUUUUUUGUUCUUGUUUUCAGUUGAUGUCUAACUGAGGACUUAACUAAUAUUUGCUUUUUUCCACUUGAUUUCUGCAAUACCACAUGAUCAGUUCCAGUAAACGCUCUGUGUGAACUCAAGGGGGAGGGGGAAGGUUUUGGAAAAGGGUCUAUCCAAGUCUGCAGGGAGCAACUGAACCUCAGCAAGUUUUUGGAAUAAAAUGUCGGAUUUUAUUAUAUAACCAAAGGGGAGGGAUACGAAGAUAUAUUAAACAAUACAUUAUUACAACAAAUACAUAACAUUUCUUACGUGCUGUUACAUUAAAAUUAAGAUACUAACAUUUCUAACCUAGAAAGAGCAGAGAUAUUCAGGGAACAUUUCAAGGAACGGUUAGUACCAGGGGAAGAAAGUCUCAACCUUGGAGGAAUUUCUGAAAUUAGGCAAUCUGGAUGAUUGUUUACCUUUCUGAGCUACAGUUAUUUUCUAUGAUAUUAACACUUGAAGAAUUUAUAUUUAAAUAACAUCUUCCCACAAGGCUGUGUUUCACAUGUCUGUGCGUGCAUCUUGGAUGUCAUGAGAAAGACAGGAUGGGAUUGCUGGUAUAAAACAUCCGCACCAGGCUGAGAUAUUAGGGUUUAAUAUCGGUGGCAGGUUCUUCUGUAGUCCUGUACUGGUGUUUUGUAAAUCACAGGAGCUGUGCCAGGUGUUAGGAAAUCACUAAUGGUCAGCAUAUUGCCAAACUAUGCAAAUUCCCAAAAGGAUUGGGUAAUUGGUUAGAAAAUAGCAAAACAAAAAAGGCAAUAAUUCAUAUAAACCUCCAGCGUGAAGAGUAUGAAAGAUUGUACACCCAUAGGAAAAUAUUGCUGAAGUUCUCGUUUAGGCAUGUGCAAUUCAUUUUGUUGCAAAUUCAGACAAAUUCAGCAAUUUGGAAACUUCAAAAUUUUAAAAUUCUUUAAAAACCAAAACUAACUGAAACCGAACAAAUUCAGGACAAGUCUAAACAAAUUAUUCCAGAUCUACAAGGAUCCGUUUGGAUAGAAAAUUAAGGACUUGUCUACUAAGCAACUUAAACAGCAAAAUUAAGAAACCUGACUUUGUCUGACUUUGUCUGAAUUUAGCUUUUUCAGCUGUUUAGUAGACAAGUCCCUAAUUUGCUAUCCAUGGGUUGGAUUGUCAUAAAUAAGGACAUUAAAUUAGGGAUUUAUCUAGCAAGCAACUCAAGCAAAUUUGAGAAAAACUAUUUUUCUUUUUUUUUUUUGCUCUUGAGCUGUUUUGAGCAGUUUUACUGAAAAUUGUCAUUUUCAGUAAAGAAAAUUAGGGCCAUAUCUGCUAAACAACUGAAAAAAAGCAAAUUUAAUUUACAUAAUUGAAUAAAACAGUGAGAUAUUGAAAAAAAAUGUAUAUUAAAGAUUUAGUAAAUAACAUUGUAAUCUCGUUCAAACAAGGCAAAGCCAGGGAAGAGGAGAAAUAGUAACAAAAUGCAAAAUAUGAGCUUACAACGAGAAUUGACAGAGAGCUAAAACGGCAGAAAAAAAUACAAUUUGUUAAAAAUAAGGAUUAGUAAACAUCAUAUUAAAUAUCCCGGGAAGUGAUAGCACCCUUUCAGGAUCUGGACUACAAAGAUGAGAUGAAGGCCUGCAAACUAGAGGAAGUGGGGUUAAGCAAACUCCCAGAGAGUUGCAUGAAGAAUUACAAAAGUACAAAGUCUGCUGCUACCAGGAACUAAGAAACUUGUGCUCUAUAUAUAUUCCCAGUGGGGUAGUAAAGCACUUUGUUCUGAUUAUGUUGUGUGUACUGAAAUGGCUCUCUCAAUAAGAAGUAUUAGGCUUAUUUAUCAUUACAAGAGGGACAUGCAAGGGGUCAUUUAACCAGGCUAUUUGAUUUAUUUACAUGAUAGUUUGUGUGUCAUUGCCUACUUAAGGUUAUGAUGUACAGAUAUUUUACACAUUACACACUACCCUGUGUAACGGAUCACCUGGCACCCCGACUGGGUACCUCCGUUGAAGGAUGCUCCUAGCGCUUCCUGAGGACUCCAAGCACUGCAGCAGACACCACAACCACCGAACCGGAGAAGCAUUUGAAUGCUCUCAAGCAUAUGAAUGCUGUAAGCAGCUGAACAGGAAAAGCCUACAAUCAGUUUACACUCCUGGCAAUCAGCAUACAAUCCAAUUCCCCCAAUAACGAAACGACACUUCGUUUUGAGGUCAAGCAGAACUGACUGUACUGGCACAUACAUCCUCUUUUAUUCCCAAUCCACAAACAUAGCACUGCCCACAGGGUUUUGAAAUACAACCAAUCAAUCCGUACAAUACACACAGACACUCCCACACAAAAUCCUCCCCUUUGCCUGUGAUAUGAUUACUGAACACAAUGGGUAAUAUAAUUGUCACAGACAGAGAAAUACAGUUUUAUAAAACAUAUCACAGGGACCCCAAAACAUGCAAUAACCCCACAAAAAUAUCCUCGGAACCGGGGGAUCUGGGUGAACCACAUAUCCAAAAUUCACCCAGAUCCGUUCAGUAGUUUGGAAGAUACAGUUUAAUGCAGAUUCCGCAGAACAUAUACAGAUUAUAUAAAAAAAUUAUUACUGUCUACUGUGUCCCCUGUUGUAUAGUUUAAAACUACUGCACGAUGUCUUUGUGCACCAAAUACCGGCAAGAUGGCACCGUGUAGAAAAGUCACAACAGUGUCUGUGAGUUAAAAUGGCCGCCAACCAUUGUUCUCACCAUAUGCUUCAUCCAUUGUUCUCACCAUGUGCCUCUGAUACAUGAAAUGAUGGCCACCCAGUAACUCCACAGUAUGUCCCCAGAUGGUUCUUAAAGGGCCAGUAGCAGCAUAAUACAAUACAACAUGCCCAAAUCCUGUAUUUAAAGGGUCAAAUCUCCCAGGGGCCAUAGUCAGCAGGCAGGAGGCGGGCAAACAGGCUUCUCCAAUGCCCAGUGGCGAGGUUGGUUCCGCCACACCCUGUUCAUUUAAAUAAAUGGCAGCUUUAUAAAUACGAUCUAGUUUCUUAUUUCUCUAAUCUAAUAAUAAGAAAUGUUAUAUAUUAAUAUAGUGACAUAGUUUUCCAUGUUUUUCGGGGUGUUAAAGGGAAAGUGUCACUUUUAAUAUCAUGUUUACCUAUCCCAGUUUAUAACAUAAAUAUAUUUGUGAGGGCUGAAAAGAAAAAAUGAAAUUUAGAAAUGCACACUGCAGCCCAUUUUUCUACACUGACAAUGCACUUGUUCCUUUUAUCUUGUGGAGCUGAUCAGUACCCUUCAUGCCUUAUGUAUAUUAAUGUCUCACUGAUAUUAAAAUGGAAAAUGUAUUGAAAAAUUAUUGAAUUUAUUUAAAUCUGUCAAAUCUGCUUCAGAUCUGCUUCUGACGACUCCAUCUUGGCUGCCUGUCAAUCAUUGUUAUAAGCUCCGCCCUUCUCACCUGGCAGCCAGUCAGCAUAAAGACAUAACAGAGACAGAGGAGGAGACCCAGAAACAAUGUAUCUCUUUCUACUUCUAUGUUACAUGUGCCUUGGCUGUGCCAGGACCAAAAUGGAUUGUGAUGUCAAUUGAUAAAUAUUUUUAACAUACAUUUAAAAGGAAACAUACAUCACUCUAGUUAUGGGUAAUAUUCAAUGUUUUAUGCAAUGGAGUCAUUCCCUGAGUAGUCAUGAUUUUGUCUAAUUUAUUGGACAGAGCUAUUCUUUUCAACCAGUAUUGUUUGUUCCCCAUUUUAUUUUUGAAAUCAGUAAAUACAUUUCCCCUUCUCAAUUGGACAGGAACACCUCCUAAAUAAAAGAGACUCCCCCCAUACCCCCUCAGUCCUUUUUUCCUGUCCACUUCUCAGGUACAGUGUAGGUUGCAUCUCCUAAAAUUUUCUUUUGUGACUUAUUUGUGUCUAAUUGUACCCCUGGCCCAUGGGGAGUUCAGCCUCUCUUCCCAUGGAAGCCUCAGGACACGGCGCCUCACCAAGGGUGACCCCCUGGAGGAUUCUCCCCUUAGCGACCGGGGAGAAUCCUCCAGGGGGUUACCUAUAGGUAGCAGCUGGAUGUGCCAGACCCAUGGAGGUGGUAAUUCCCACAGAAGGGUUCACCUACUUGCUGCAAAAAAAUUGGGCUUCUUGGCUUUCCCAAUAAAGAUGGCCUGCCCUAUCCUCAGGAUGUAAGUGGCAAUGGAUUAAGAACUUCCGUCUUUUUCGGCCUAUCUUUUCCCUCUCUCCAGCAGUGGAACGCAGGUGGAAUGCAUGCCAGAGGAAGGCCAGCAGCAGGGGGAUUUACUUCCUGGUUCGGCAUCCUAUAUUUAAUGGGUAAGCACCUCUAUUCUGUCAGUAUGCUGUUUGAUGUAUCUCUGCAUAACUGGAUUAAACUUCUGUCUUCUGGCUGCAGGUAAGUGACAUUUCUUGUCCUUUUAUUAUAAUUUCUCUAUUCCCCAGUCCUUUUUCAAGGCAAUAAUUGGUUGCUGGAAAUUCUAAUUUUCUAUGGAUUCCCCCGGUCAGGCUUCGAGAAAUAGGUCGCAAUCUAGAGGUUUUGAGUAAGGCACUACAAAAAUAUUAAAGACACAAUACUAUAAAAAAAAAAAAAAAGAGUGCAUUUCAGACUUCUGACUGGAGGAUUUUCAGUACUGCCCACAAAUCCUCAUACAAGAAAAAGAAGGAUAAGACCCCCUUAUGUGAAGCUUGUGACGACAAGGUGCUUCCUGGGAAAAGGCUCUGCUUAGCUUGUCUUAAAGCAGCGGCAGGCCAUACUGAACCAGAUCUAGAUGUUCUUUCUUACAUGCGUCAAUCAGUUUCAGAGGGUCUUCGACAGUCUGAGAGGGCUAAAAAAAGACGUAGAUCUUUUAGCCCAGAGGAAUAUGCUGACUUAAGCUCUGACGAAUAUGUACCUCUAGUAUUUGAGCAAGACGAGUUGUCAUCUCAAGAUGAAGAAUAUGGGGCCUCUCCUGUCUUUAUAGACAGUGUGAAAAUAGAAGCUUUAGUCAAGGCAGUUCGUGAUACCUUAAUGAUAGCUUAAAGGACCACUCUAGGCACCCAGACCACUUCAGCUUAAUGAAGUGGUCUGGGUGCCAGGUCCUUCUAGGGUUAACCCAUUUUUUUUAUAAACAUAGCAGUUUCAGAGAAACUGCUAUGUUUAUGAAUGGGUUAAGCCUUCCCCUAAUCCUCUAGUGGCUGUCUCAUUGACAGCCACUAGAGGCGCUUGCGUGCUUCUCACUGUGAUUUUCACAGUGAGAGCACGCCAGCGUCCAUAGGAAAGCAUUGUAAAUGCUUUCCUAUGCGACCGGCUGAAUGCGCGCGCAGCUCUUGCCGCGCGUGCGCAUUCAGCCGACGGGGCGGAAUGGAGGAGGAUCGGAGGAGGAGAGAAGGAGAGCUCUCCGCCCAGCGCUGGAAAAAGGUAAGUUUAAACCCCUUUCCCCCUUCCAGAGCCGGGCGGGAGGGGGUCCCUGAGGGUGGGGGCACCCUCAGGGCACUAUAGUGCCAGGAAAACGAGUAUGUUUUCCUGGCACUAUAGUGGUCCUUUAAUGAUAAGAGAGAGGAGGAACCAGCUUCUAGUAAGUAUUUUGCUGACCUGAGAAGGCGCAAUCCUACUUUCCCAUUGCAUGAGACCAUUGAGGACCUCAUUAAGCAAGAAUGGAAGAAGGCUGAAAAAAGAAUCACUAUUCAGGGUCGUUUUUCUAAACUAUACCCUUUUAAGGCUACGGACAGUAACCAUUGGCACCUUGCCCCCAAAGUAGAUGCAGCAAUUGUUCGACUAGCCAAAAAGACCACCCUCCCAUUGGAUGAUGCCGGUACUUUAAGAGAUCCAAUGGAUAAAUGUAUGGACUCAAAUUUGUCCAAAGCCUAUAUAGCCUCUGGCUCUGGGAUUCGUCCUGCUGUAGCCUUGACAUCUGUCUCUAGGGCCUUGAAGCAGUGGAUGGAUGACCUCAAAGAGGACAUAUCAAGUGGAGUCAGUAGAUCCAGGCUGCUGGAAUCCUUAAGUAAAAUUAAGCUGGCUAUUGAUUUUUCAUCAGAAGCUUCUAUAGAUUUGGUUAAAACCAUCUCCAGAAGCAUGAUCCUUACUGUAGCAUCAAGACGUGCUCUUUGGCUACGUAAUUGGGUAGCAGAUAAUUCUUCAAAAAAUAGCCUAUGUCCCCUCCCCUUUCAAGGAGAGAUGCUCUUUGGCAAAUAUCUGGACGAAUGUAUCAAAAAGGCAGUAGAAGGAUGUAAGGCCUUUCUUCCUCAAGAUAGACGUCCUAAAAGAUCCUUUCCACAGGAAAGACGUUCCUUUCGGAACAAGGACUUUAGACAAUACAGACCUGGUAGAGAGUUUUCCAGAUUCCAAUCCUGGAAAAGUGGACUCUCCUCUUCCAAAACCACCCGAGGACAGGGUGGCAAUGGCAAGCCUUCAAAGCAAUUCUGAUGGAAUGCCAGUCCAACACUUGGAAGUGGGAACAAGACUUCACUUCUACGAGGUCUGGGCUCCAGCAAUACAGGACAAGUGGGUUUUAAAGACCCUAAAAUCUUGCUACUACCUGGAAUUCUUGACAAACCCUUAUCCCCGGUUUAUGUCUACAAGCAUGCCUAUGGAAACAGAGAAACCAGUGGCCAUUAGGUCUUUUGUUUCUUCCCUUUCAGCAGAGGGAGUUAUAUGUCCUGUUCCUCCAAAAGAAAGAGGAUUGGGGGUUUAUUCCAGACUUUUUCUCACUCCAAAAGCAUCAGGGGAGUGGAGACCAAUUUUGGACCUUCCCGAAUUAAACGAAAAUCUGUAUGUGAGGAAAUUCAAGAUGGAAUCAGUAAGUUCCAUUAUAAAAGUCAUCUCCCCAGGCGACUGGUUAAUCUCGAUAGACCUUCGAGACGCUUACUUUCACGUUCCUAUUCCUCCACCACACCAGAAGUUCCUGAGAUUUGCGAUUCACCAUUAGCAUUUUCAGUUUCGAGCCCUUCCCUUUGGCCUGAGCACAGCUCCCAGGACUUUCUCAAAGAUCCUGGUUGCCUUAAUAGCCUAUAUAUCCGUCUGGAAGGCAUCUCAAUAUUCCAUUAUCUCAACGACAUCUUGAUUCUCUCACACAGCAGAGAUAUUCUCCUUCUUCAUCGAGAUCGGGUUCUUUUAAUUCUUCAAAAAUUUGGAUGGUUGGUAAACCUCAAGAAGAGUCAGCUUUCCCCCUCUCAAGUUAUGAUAUAGUUAGGGGCACGAUUCGACACAAUCCAGUCACAAGUCUCCCUAUCUUUGGACAGGGGGCUUCGUAUUCAAUCAAAAAUCCUUCGUCUUUUGCCUGUGAACUCCAUCCAGGCCCGGGAAUUUAUGAGCCUUCUGGGAAGUUUGUCCUUUACAAUAGGCCUUACGAGAUGGGCCCAGUGGCAUAUGAGGAUUCCACAAGAAGGGUUUCUAUCCCAGUUUGCGAACAAGGAUCUGAAUCAAGCAAUCUCUUUAUCAUCAGAGAUCAAGAAGGAACUGGCAUGGUGGCUGAUGAACGAGAAUCUAUAUCAAGGGUAUCCUCUGAACGAUAUCCCUUGGGUUACUCUCACGACGGAUGCAUGCCAAUCAGGUUGGGGAGCUAAUUUGGGCCUUCUUCAUGUUCAGGGGCAGUGGGAAAACAAACAGUAUCCUCUAUCCUCAAAUGUUUUAGAGUUGCAAGCAGUCUUCCAGGCCCUUCUGCACUUUCCUUGUCUGAAACAAAGUUGGGUGAGAGUAAGGUUAGACAAAAGCUCUGCAGUUGCUUACAUCAAUCAUCAGGGGGGUACAAAGAGCAAACGCUUAAUGAAAAUGUUGACCCCACUUAUGUCCUGGUCAGAGAAGAAUUUGAAGGGGAUCAAGGCAGUUUACCUUCCGGAAAAGAACAAUCAAGUGGCGGGUUUCUUAAGCCGAGUAACCCUGGAUCCCACAGAAUGGGAGUUGGCCCCUCUGGCAUUCCAAAGCAUAGUCCAGAAGUGGGAUUUUCUUCAGGUAGGUCUGAUGGCCACAGCGAAGAAUCGCAAAGUGGGAAGGUUCUUCUCGCGUUACUUCGACCCUUUGGCGGAAGACCAGGAUGCUCUCUGUUGCGAGUGGAAGUUCCAUCUGGGGUAUGUUUUUCCCCCAACUCCUCUGAUUUUCCCCCUGCUAAGAAGGAUCCUGCAGGAGCAAGCGACAAUUCUCGCAGUGAUUCCCUUCUGGCCCAGGCGGCCUUGGUUUCCCCUGCUGCAGAAACUCUCUCAGGACAUUCCUCUGAAAUUCCCAGAUCAACUCUCCUACAACAAGGUCCGAUCUCUCACCCAUCUCCUCAGUCUCUCAAUUUAAGGGCUUGGAAAUUGAGAAGCAACGUCUCUCCAGCAAAGGCUUCUCUUCUUCAGUAAGUUAUACUCUUCUGAAUGCCAGGAAGAAACCCACUCCUUCAGCUUACUAUCGUAUUUGGGACAUCUUCUGUAGCUGGUGUUUGGCACAUAAUAUUUCUCCUUUAUCUCCCAGUAUCUGUGACAUCCUUACAUUUUUACAGGAUGGAUUUGGCAAGGGUUUGAGUCUCAGCUUCCCUAAAAGUGCAUACUUCAGCGAUCUCUGCUCUGUUGGAUCGGAAAUUGACAUUUGAUCCAGAUAUUGCUAGAUUUUUUUGUCAAGCCAUUCUCAUGCUUCGCCCUCCAGUACGGUCUUGCUUCCCUCCUUGGGAUUUACCUCUGGUUUUACAGGCCUUAUCUGAUUCUCUGUUUGAGCCCUUGUGGAGUAUUUCUAUACUUACUCUUACGUUGAAAACCGUUCUGUUGGUUGCCUUGACCACAAGUAGAAGAAUCUCUGAUCUAAGCGCUCUCUCCUGUGAGUCUCCCUUUUUGAUUCUUCAGGAAGACCGAGUGAUCCUUCGGACGAUUCCAGCUUUCAGACCCAAGGUGGUCUCUCAGGACAUAAUUUUGCCAGCCUUUUUCCCUCAUCCCUCAUCGGAAGAAGAAGAGAAAUGGCAUCGUUUGGAUCUGGUGCGCUGUUUAUCUACAUACCUGAACCGGACUUCAGACAUAAGGAAGACAUCUAGACUGUUCAUUAUUCCUUCAGGUUACAAGAAGGGUCAAGCUGCUUCUUCAUCUAAUAUUGGCCGAUAGAUCAUCUCAGCCAUUGGUCAGGCCUACUCAGCCUCCGGAGUUCCUGUCCCUCAAGGCCUUAGAGCUCAUUCUACCAGAUCCUUGGCCGCUUCUUGGGCAGGUGCAGCCAACAUUUCUGCGGAUCGCAUUUGUUCAGCAGUAACAUGGUCCUACUUCAACAUGUUUAUCCAUCACUAUCAAUUGGAUGUAGUGCGUUCAUCUACCACAGAAUUUGGUAGAAGUGUCCUCUCUGCUGCCUUAUAGUUUAUUGAUCAAUAAACCGUAUUUGCAUGGAUUUAUGCGUUGUGGUUAUUAUUCUCCCUCCCUUACUCCUUUCAGCUUGGGUAUAACCCAUACGUAGUGCUGCCAUGGAUAUAUCCGGGGAAAACAGAAAAUUUAUGCCAUACUUACCAAUAUUUUCUUUUCCCGGAUAUAUGCCAUGGCAGCACUGCGAUCCCACCCUCUUCUGAAAUCAUGUGUUGUUUCGUGGCUUUAAACUAAGACUGAGUGGGUAUAAGGGGGAGUCUAUUUUAUUUAGGAGUUGUUCCUGUCCAAUUGAGAAUGGAAGGAGCUAUACCCAUACGUAGUGCUGCCAUGGCAUAUAUCCGGGAAAAGAAAAUAUCGGUAAGUAUGGCAUAAAUUUUCUGUUAUCCCAUGAUUAAAGACAGGUGUAUAGAUCUCUAUUGACAUUAUUGCACAACUAGCUUUUUUUAGACUGCUUCAGCGGUUCCCAAAGAAUGUUCCUUUCACUUUCAAUUCCUGCUGUGUUUGGAAAUUUAAACUCUGAUUCCCCUUCUCCCUCCCCUAUUGCAUUCAGUCUCUCCCUUAUCUCUUGGCCCAUCCUCCCCAAUAUAUUUAUUUAUCCAUCACUCUCAAAGCCAGUCUGCCAUUCCUCCUUCUCUCUACAGGGAUGGCGAGACCCCUUCUCCUGUGCUGCCUUGUGUGGGCAGCCAUAUUUUCCAUGACAGCAGGACAAUCACCCAAGUGAGUACAAAACCCAGAAUACACCUUCAUUACCCCAUCACCCUUCUCAUUGUGUUCUAUUUCUACUCAUUCAGUUCCCCUCCCCCAUUCUUUAACAUUUACCUUCCCAACAAUUGUACUUUUAAACUCAUAUUAUAAGUAAUAUUAAAUUAAUAUAGUAUCAUAAACUAAAUCUAACCCAUUAUACCCCACUUGGAUACCAUAAUUAAAACGUUCAAUGUAACUGUCUGUGAGUGUCUGUUCUCGUCUUUCUUUUAUCAUUAUAUAUAAUUCAUAUCUAAACUCAUAGAUAUCCACAGACUCUUUCUUUCUCGUCCACAUUAUUUAUUUCUUAGUUCACUGCAUUAUUCCAUCUUUCUUUUAUUUUUACUCUCACCCUUUCAUUUUUUCACUGUGUUUUUUGGCAACCCUUUAGCUUCCUGGUUGUGGCCCCCCGAUUGAUGCAUGUGGGGGUUGAAGAAACAGUCUGGGUGCAGCUUGAGUGGCCACCAGGCUCAAAGCAAACCCCCGGUGAUGUAAAGGUGGAGAUCUUCCUUCGGAAUCAGAUUACUACACAGAGUUGUUCAAAAAAAGAGAUCAUCAUGCUGAACAACCGGAAUGAUUUCACAGCUUCAAAAACCCUGCAGGUGAGAAAAAUGUGAAAAAAUACCCAAAACACACACAAAGAAUUAUAGCGGGCCAUUUUUAGGGGCAUCUAGGGCGACUGUGAUACUCUAAGAAUAAUAAAAAAACAACAAAGGGUUAAUAUUGAAUGCCUGCAGAAGUAGUAGUAGGGCAUCAGUAAUGGGGGAAAGUAUGCAAAUAAAUUAUGCAAACAAUACAAAGAUUGGAUUAAAGGUUUAGAAUUCCUGAGCCAGUUCAAGUUUAGGAGAUUUAUUGUGGUAAACAUUUAUCCUAAAGGAUAUGCUCUCUGUCCUUAUUCUAUGCUAUGUUUAGUUAUUUAGAUUGCAAAGCGUGAGAGCAGAAAUGGGUAAAACUCAAUAGGAAAAUAUCACUGCGUGUUUGUGUGUGUGUGAUUGUUAUAUAUGUAUAUAGUUAAUACAAUGUUGAACAAAAAUUUGCACACCAGUCAAGCCAUAAGACUCGCUUUUACCACAGAAAUCACACAUUUGCAGUGAUGUUACUACCGCAGCUUUGAAACACAACUUGCCAGUAAAUAUAUAUAAAUGUAGAUGGUACUUCUGAAACCUACAUUUAAGAAUUAAAUCAAUAUGAUUCCUGGUGCCUGGUGCUUAAUACAGGUUAAAAUAAACUCACAUAAAAUGAUGGUACGGUUGGGAUUUUUUUUUUUAACAAAAAAAGCUGACAUUUUAUUUGUCAGUGUUUCAGUGCUAUAAACCACUUUCAUUAGGACAACAUUAAUAUUUUCAUAGCACGUUUAUACCUUUUACAAUAAACAAGAAACAAGUACUCACCUCCAAAAGCUCAACGUGCCCAUAAAAAUUGGCACGCAGCCAGCCCACCUGAGGACUUGGGAGUGUCCCCCCACCAAAGUCUGAAUUCAUGGCGGUUUGUGUGCCUGCUGGUUUCCUUGGCAUCGAGACACUGUCUGCCCAAGCAGGGAUUAGAAAAAAAGUAUUAUUUCACAAUCCAGUGAAAACAAAAUAGCAAUCUAUUGUAAAAAGCAACCCAACACUAGAUUCUACAUCAAUUAAUAUAGAUGGUAUUAUCAUAUACCAAUACAAUUAUUAAAAAGCCAAUAAUGACCCUUGAUUGUUAAAUAUUUUGCUUGCUAAGUGAAUGCAGACAUGGUGAAAGGUUCAGCUGUUCAAACCAAACAUUAGAAUAGGGAAGAAAUACUUUGAAGUGUCAUUGGUGAUGGAAUGAAGGUUAGUGCCGAACGAGGAGGUCAGAGUAUCUCAUGAACACAAACAACAGUCUGUAGAGUAUAUGGAGAAUGGUGCAUAAACAAACACAUACAAAGAAAAGCAAACAAACAAACAAACAGGAAUGUGACUGAGUGGGAAGCAACUGUGCAAUACUAUCAUGUCGACAUAUACUAGAAUAGACCAAAAUUUAGGCUUUUCUGGAGUCCCAGUGGACUUUUACCCACUAUAAGAAAGGCCGAAAAAGUGGUCACUGGGUGUAGAUUGCAGUAUUGUUUAUAGAUUGAGUGUUAUGUCUUAGCAUGUAAAUACUGACAAAUAACAAAUAAACAAGUUAACGGCACCAAUGUCACAAUUACUGCUAAUAUAAAUAGUAUUUUAGUAGUAAUUGUGACAUUGGUGCCGUUAACCCUGUGUGAGUGUGUGAGUUUUUACAUUUGUAUCUUUAUAAUUGUGUUAAUAUACUAUAUACACUUUUAAAAAAAAUAAAGGGAACACAAAAAUAACACAUCCUAGAUCUGAAUGGAUUAAAUAUUCUUCUGAAAUACUUUGUUCUUUAUAUAGUUGAAUGUGCUGACAACAAAAUCACACAAAAAUUUAAAAAUGGAAAUCAAAUUUUUCAACCCAUGGAGGUCUGGAUUUAGAGUCACACUCAAAAUUAAAGUGGAAAAACACACCACAGGCUGAUCCAACUCUGAUGUAAUGUCCUCAAAACAAGUCAAAAUAAGGCUCAGUAGUGUGUGUGGCCUCCACGUGCCUGUAUGACCUCCCUACAACGCCUGUGCAUGCUCAUGAUGAGGUGGCGGAUGGUCUCCUGAGGGAUCUCCUCCCAGACCUGGACUAAAACAUCUGCCAACUCCUGGACAGUCUGUGGUGCAAUGUGACAGUGGAUGGAGUGAGAGAUGAUGUCCCAGAUGUGCACAUUUGGAUUCAGAUCUAGGGAACGGAUGGCCCAGUUCAUAACAUCAAUGCCUUCGUCUUGCAAGAACUGCUGACACACUCCAGCCACAUGAGGUCUAGCAUUGUCUUGCAUUAGAAGGAACCCAGGGCCAACCGCACCAGCAUAUGGUCUCACAAGGGGUCUGAGGAUCUCAUCUCGGUACCUAAUGGCAGUCAGGCUACCUCUGGCGAGCACAUGGAGGCCUGUGCGGUCCCCCAAAGAAAUGCCACCCCACACAGCUCGCAUUGAUGUACCAUCCUGGAUGAGCUGCACUACCUGAGCCACUUGUGUGGGUUGUCGACUCCGUCUCAUGCUACCAUUAGAGUGAAAGCACCGCCAGCAUUCAAAAGUGACCAAAACAUCAACCAGGAAGCAUAGGAACUGAGAAGUGGUCCGUGGUCACCACCUGCAGAACCACUCCUUUAUUGGGGGUGUCUUGCUAAUUGCCUAUAAUUUCCACCUGUUGUCUAUCCCAUUUGCACAACAGCAUGUGAAAUUGAUUGUCACUCAGUGUUGCUUCCUAAGUGGACAGUUUGAUUUCACAGAAGUGUGAUUGACUUGGAGUUACAUUGUGUUGUUUAAGUGUUUCCUUUAUUUUUUUUGAGCAGUGUAUAUUGUUUUAUGGUUGACCCUCUGGGUACAGGCGACUGCGUGCUGGGCCUGGCUGGAGAGAUGGAUGAUAUAGGCUUCAGUAUCUUAAUUUCAGUCCAAGACAAACAUUAGUAUAAGUACACGAGUGAGGAAGAUGUGCACUCUGUCAGAAAAUGCUGGGUGCAGUGUCCCAUAUUCCCAAAUAAACACACAUAGAAGAAAUCAACCUGGGUUCUUGGAUAAAUCAGAAAGAAACCAGGCUGGUACUGCGCUUAAAAUGAGGUUCAUUAGUAUUCCACAUAACUACCAACUGUGGAUGUUCCUGUCCUGCUGUCCUGUUUUUUUCUCCUAAUGUCCUAUUUCUGGUGACAGGAGAGAAAAGUCUACAUAAAGUGAUUGAGAACGUUCUGUCCAUAAGAGAUGACAGCAGUAGCAUUCUGCACAUGGUACUCCCUAUUUGGCUAGCUGUUAUGCUGGAAUGACAGCCUUUUUACUUUCCAGAGCAUCACCAGAAUAAUGUCACUGGCAUGACCCCAUGCUGGCCCAACCACAUCCAUCCUGACGUCAUACUCCUAAAUAUAGGCACCUAUGUAGCAUGGUGAUGUCCUACCAGGAGUCUAAAGCAGAGAAGCUUUUCUCUUGUUAAGGUUGAGCAAUUGGGUUUGGAUAUUUCUAUAAUCCUCCAGUGUCAGGGCAUAAUAAUGUGACAAAUCAUAUUAUACAGCACUUUGGCACUUUAGAAUACACUGCUAGUGGUUAAUUAAUUAUACUCAUUGGUGGAAUAUCUUAUUAGUGUAGUAGUGUGCUUUGCAUUGUUUUAUCAAUUGUAUUUUUAUAAUAAUACACCAGCAUUCACUCAGUGACUAUAUCCCUACUAUUAGGUAUGGUCAAGGUCUUGCCUCCCGUCUAACUCUGUGUGUCCCAACCUCUGUCCCUCGAUCUUCAUUCUUAAAAUGUUCAUGUUCUCUGUAAACCUAGCUCACCCCUCAGCUGCUGAAUACCUGCCAGUUGGACAAAAUGAAGAGUGACAGAUACGUGCAGUUGGUUGCAAAAAUGGAAACUGUAUUUGGGAAAGAUGCAAAAGUGGUCAACAUCCCAGUGUCCUAUAAAAGAGGAUACAUAUUUAUACAGACAGACAAAAGUAUCUAUACUCCAAAACAAAAAGGUGAGCCUACUAAAACUUUGGUGUAUGACUUAUAUUGGUAUAUUGCCCAGUCAGAAGUCUAUUACAUUUUUAAGCUUUCAUUUCAGAGAAACACUCCCAUAAGAAUAUGGGGUAGAGUGAAUAGAGUUGUCCCACCAAUAACAUGUCUAGAAAAAUAAUAUCCAUCUUUAUAAGAGAUACGUUAUUCUCUACAUAUGUUUCAGGAUUUACAUAGACCUCAUUGGGAAGUUACCUCAUUUCGUUAUUGAGAGACAGAUGUAUUCAGUCGUCAGAUGACCCAUUGAUUUAUAAAACUGUUCCAUCAUUGUUUGGUGUACCUGACAAAACUCCAUCAGGUAGCACAGGCCAGAUCUAGACAUAUACGUAACCCCUGUCUAUUUUUUUUCAGUACAAGCUAGACUGUACACUUUAGAUCAUAUGAUGAGACCAACGGAGGAACUCGUCACUGUUGCAAUCACUGUGAGUACACAUUCUCCCAGCCAAAGUCAUGAUGCCCAAUGUUUAUUUGUACAGUAUUAAUCUACCCGGACUUGACUAAAUAUAUCAAUUCUAUGCGUAUUAUGUAGACAUGUGCAAAAAUUAGUUUUGGAUGGUUUGCUCUAAUCAAAUUCCCACGCCCAGACAAAUCAAUUGUUCGGGAUUUACCUGUGGUUAUAAGACUCGACAGGCAAAUACCGAACGAUGGUUUAAAGGGAAGACAAAUUUUUGCACAAGUCUUGUAUUAACUUCUGUGCACAUGGUAAUUAGGAGUAAACCUUGCUGGUCAUGAAAAAGAUAACUCUUAUGAUGUUGCAGACAAAUUGGACCAGUCAUGAUUCCAAUCUCAAGAAAUUCCUCUCACACAGUUUAUAGUUUAAACUGUAGAGCGGAAUACAAUAUGGGGGUCAUUUUAUACCGGCACCUGAUCAUUUUCUUUUUUUUAUGUUUCAACAACUCCCAGAAUGCACAAGGUAUGAAAGUGAGAGGGAUUUCACUUCUUUCCAAGGGAGCAGUUGUGACACUAUCUGCUCUUGAGAUUCCAGAUAUUGCAAAGUAAGUAAUGACCUCAAAUGGCACAACGAUUAAAAGGCAAUUAUCAUCCGCGCCAAAUAAUCUACGACAAAGUUUAACACAAAAAAAUAUCCUAACAACGAAAUAACCUACCACGAACAUACAAAAUCACAAAAAUAUACUGCCACAGAAAUAAAAUAUCUCUGAAAUACCCCAACACAGAAAUACAAUAUCACAUAAAUAUACUACCAUAGAGAUAUUACGUCACAGAAAUAUAAUAAAAUUCCCUUACCAUAGCAACCACUGUACCCAGAAAUGUCAGACCACAGAAAGAGCUCCCACAGAAUUCUUUUAUCAUUAUCAUCCUUUAACCACAAAUUACCACAGGAAUACUUCGCCCGUGAAAUAUUCUGCUACAGUGGGUCAAGGCUGGUUACAUUAUACGUCCUAUUUUAUUUAAAUCAUAUGAAUGUCGUGGGUUUACAUUCAAAUUUUCUACAUUAAAAUGUUAGCCGAGUUAUUUACAAAGGUGGGAAUUCAAAGUGAAUAUCUGUGAAAUGCGUUGGCAAUUGACUUGCAAACACUUCUCAUUGGGAAGUCUGUGAUUGGAGCUUUUGCAAACAGUUUUUAGAAAUAUCCCCAAUGAAAAAAUGUAUACAUAAAUGCAUGCAUGUUUUCAUUUGGGCUAUACCUACUAAAUAGUGAUUCAUCUUUUUAUUGGACAAUGGCAUGUCCCUCUAAAGGCUGGGAGUGUGGGACUAAUUCAUCUAAAAUUCAGCAAAAAUCUUAUCAUCUCACUCAUUAUUAUUGAUUUGUUAAUGAAGGUCUGGUGUCUGGAGAAUCUCUGCCUAUUUCAGCUCUGCCCCAGAGUCUAAUUUUACGGCUGAAUUUGAAGUGAAGAAGUACGGUAAGCUUCUAUAAACUUGACACAAAGAAUGUUCAUUUUUUCGUCAAACAAUUUUAGUCAAAUUUAGUCGACUAAAACUAGACUAAACCUAAAACAAUUCAGAUAACUAAAAUACGACUAAAACUAAAAUGGCUUUUUAGUCAAAAGACUACGACUAAAACUAAUAGAAAUUUGCUGCCAAAAUUAACACUGACACAAGGAGCUCACAUUCAUCAUGUGUAUACACAGAAACAAGUAUCAUUUUACUAUUCUGUUUUAUUAUUAAUUUCGGAUUCUGUUCAAUAAAAAUUGGGUUUGCAAGAAAAAAAAAAAUGUUACAUUUAAUCUAAUGACUUUUUUAAAUUUGGCAACAAAUUGCCCAUGGGAGCUUAAAGCUACACUGUCAUGGCUGAAUCCCGUUUUUGUUUAACCCCCCUCCCGACUCCACUACAUCUAACUGACCCCUUAGUCACCCCCAAAUGCCCCUAAGCCCCCCAGAUUACCUAUUUUUUUAUCUUUUUUUUCUGCCCCGAUCUAUAUUCAGGGCGCCGCCAUCUUUGUGUGGGUAGAGGAAGUCCCUGUGGGACACGCCAUCUGUCCACACUAGAUAGCCUGUGAGACUCCAGCACAUGCCCAGUUAAACACUUGGGCAUGCGAACAGGAAUUUCAUCUAUUCAUUCAUUCGUCAGAAAGCCGAAUGAAUGAAUGAAUAGCAUUGUCAGACGAACAAACACUGAGUAUCAGUGUUCGUUUGUUCGUUCAGUUUAUUACAAGGAGGGAGCUACCGGCGUGCAGCUCCCUCCUUGUAAUAUGUUAAGAUAGAAGCGGCAGCGAGCAAUGCUCCCCACCACUUUCUAAACCCCCCAUGUCCUCCCUCACUCUAUGGGGGUCAAUAUGACCCCUAUAAUAGCAUAAGGGAGAUUAAAAUCUCUGGAAUGCCCCUACUCGCUAUACCGCGAGUAGGGGCAUGUCCACUAAACAGUGAGCAGCCUGUGGCUCUUCACUGUAAAAAAAAAAACCCAAAACUACUAACCGGCCCCCACCCCUGCAUGGCGGUUGGGGGCCCUAAAUAACAAUAAGGGGGGGAGACCUACUGUCCUCCCCCCUGGCCCCCACCCCUGCGCGGUGGGUGGGGGCCAUAAAUAUAAUGAGGGAGGGGACCUACUGACCGGCCCCCACCCCUUGCGGGGGGGCACUCUGAUUGGUUAGAUUCCAAGCCCACCAAUCAGAGUGCUCUUUGUCAUUUUACACAGCGUGGGAAAGUUCUUUGGAAUUUCCCCACGCUGUGUAAAAUGACAAAGAGCGCUCUGAUUGGUUAGAUUCCAAGCCCACCAAUCAGAGUGCUCUUUGUCAUUUUACACAGCGUGGGAAAAUUCCAAAGAACUUUCCCAUGCUGUGUAAAAUGACACAAAGCACUCUGAUUGGAUGGAUUUCAAGCCACCCAAUCAGAGUGCUCUGUGUCAUUUUACACAGCAUGGGAAAGUUCUUUGGAAUUUUCUCACGCUGUGUAAAAUGACAAAGAGCACUCUGAUUGGCUUAAAUCAGCCAAUCAGUGUGUUCUUAGCCUAAUUGCAGGGCGUGGCAAGGCUUUAUAAGCCUUCCCCCGCCCUGCAGAGCUCAGUCUGCGUGGAGCCUUCCAUGGGUGAAGAUGGAUUAUUUUUUUUGCGCUCGGUUUUUUCUUUUUCGUUUGGUUUUUUUUUGCGCUCAGGUUUUUUAUUUUAUUUUAAGUUCAACGGGUAUGAUGGUUUUUUAUUUGGCCUUUUUGGGGCUGAAAAAUGAAGAUUUUAGAAAAAAGAAGACGUCAAAUGGUAAGUUAAAUUUUUCUUUACAGGUUAGUUAUUUUAUUCCCCCUCACUAUUUUUUAGGGUGAGGGGGGAAUAAAAUAACUAACCUGUAAAGAAAAAUUAAACUUACCAUUUGACGUCUUCAGGCUGCUCACUGCUUACUAGACAUGCCCAUACUCGCGGUAUAGCGAGUAGGGGCAGAUCAUUUACUAAUACUAAGUAAUCUUUACUUAGUAUUAGUAAAUGUGGCUGAAAGAACAAUUUAUGUCUUUCAGCUUUUUGGAAGAUAGCUCCCUGAUACCGUGGGAAUUAGGGAGCUAUCUACUAAGCGGCUGCAAGAUGCAGCCGCGGCACAAAUUGAAUCGGAGUUUCAUUCAUUCGAAUGAAAUUCCGAUGCGAACAAAGUGCCGAAUUUAGUUCUAAAAGAAACGAACAUACUGUUCUCAUUCAGUUAGAACGCAAUUCGGCAGUUUCGUCUAAAAUGACAGGAAGCAUCACGAGAUCACACAGGAAAGGUAAGAAUUAUGGGAAAAUUGCUCUGACCAGCGGAAAUGAAGCACACUUUGCUCCUCCGCUGGUCAGAGCUGGUCAAGCGGAGGAAACCUCCAUAAAGCAAAGAGUCCCUACUUUGUCUUAUGAUUUUAAAGAAAACUAAAGAAGACAGGAAGAAAAGAAAAACAAAUCCUGAGAGAGGGGGAGAAGAGCAAGAGACUGAGGAAAGGUAAGUUCGGCAUGACAGUGCCGCUUUAAUAGGAGAAGCUAAAUAGUUCAGAAAUUAUUAGGAAUUUGUUUUCCUAAAUAUUACAAAAAGUAAAGGAUCCACAAGAUUACAGUGUAAAAAGUAACAUAAAUAAUGAAAAUAAACAAUUUAGGGUAUUUAAUUAGCCAAGCUCACUUUUUACUUUUCAGGCACUUCAUAUACUGCCUAUGUUUUACCCAAUAUUUAUGUACAAGAGAAACAAAAAAUUGAAAAAAUAAAACUGUGUGAAUAUACUUAAUGUGAAAUGUUUAUAUAUCAUUGAACAUUAACCUUUAAGAAAACUGCUAUCUUGCUUCGACUCAAACUAAGCAUUACAUGUAUUUAAGUUUCUGAUAUCAUCAGUGAAAGGAAUAAGGUGGAAUGCCUUAUUUAAUUUGUUUUAUAUUUGUAUUUGAUAACCUUUGUUUUUCUUUUUUUUAUCUAUCCUCCGUUCAUCCUGUUACAUUCCCCCCAUUCCAAACAUUUUCUGCAGUUCUCCCUAAUUUUGAAGUGAAGAUAAUUCCAGACAAGCCUUAUAUCCUGAUAUCCAGAAAUGAUUUUACUUUCACUGUGCAGGCCAGGUAAUGUGUUCGUGUGUGUUCACUGCAUGCGCAUGUAUUGUGUAUACGUAGCUACUGGUGAUGUUAUUGCUUGCCCUGUUUCUAAAACAAUGUAGCUAAAUUGCUGAUUUCUGGAGCUCUGUUCUUGUAUUUCUUUGUAUAAAAUGCUUAAAUUAAAAAGAUCAGUGAUUAAUAGUUCAACCGAUUAAUAGUUUAAAACGUAUCGCAUUUCUGUUUUUUUUUUUCCUGUAUCUUAAUUUAUGCAUAACCGGCAUCAGUUCUGAAGCUGAUUUUCUUUUCUGAUUGGCCCAGGUACGUUUACGGAGAAAAUGUAAUUGGCACGGCCUAUGCACGUAUAGGCAUUAUAAAUAAAGAGGGACAGCGGACCAUGCUGACCGGUCUGGAGCAGCAAGUAAAGGUGAGGAAGGAAGAUGGAAUCCAGAAUGUAGAAGACAAUCAGUGGUUGGCUAUAAGGAGAUUAAUCCAAGAAUUUGUGUUUUUUCCUGGAAAGUAAAAAUGAAGGUUUGUUUUGGGCCGAACUACUAUUCGGUCAAAUGUGGGCCAAUCGAGUGAUCAGCAAAUGAUUCAUGAUUCUGAAUCCUGCCCACGGCACCCAAAAAGAGUUGGUUUUUUUCUAUCAAAGAUAAUUAAUUGCUAAGAAACAGCUGCUAUAUGAUUUAGUUCACAGACCAAGUGAACAAUAGAAGUAAGAAGAGGAGGAGUAAAAAUAUAUAUAUAUUGAUACACAGUUGUAAUUUAGAGAUGUCGCGAACCGUCCGCGAACUUCUCGCGAACGGUUCGCGGCAAACUCCGGUCAGCUGACACAUCACGGCCAAUCUCCAGCAGACCCUCCCUCCCUGACCCUCCUACUUCCUGGACAGCAUCCAUGUUUCAACCGUUCGCGGACGGUUCGCGACAUCUCUAUUGUAAUUCAACCCCCAUUGAAAAUAAGGUUUAUUGUCAAAAUGUACAGACUUUCAGCUGUUUGCAAUGAAUAAAUAAAACGAAAGCAGUUGAAUUACCUCAGCACAAUGAAUGUGUCAAGUGGUUUCCCAAAUUCAGCUGAAAAUGCAACUUAUGACUUCUCAAGUCUCAAAAUUUUUUAACCCCCUAAAUAGAAUCCCUCACAACUGAACAAAUAUUCAAAACAGGUGUUACCUCAAGCAUACUUGAUGCAACUAAUCAAGGGCUUCAUUAGUUGCACUAGGUGUGCUUGAGCUGGAACACUUGAAAUACCUGAACUCGCUAGGGGUUUGUUGAGUGUCACAUUUGAUUGCAUGUUAGAAAUAUGGCUAAGUCAAAAGAAUGGUCAACAAAGUUAAGAGAAGAGAUUGUUGCCCUUCACAAACAAGAAAUAGGAUUAAAAAAAGAUAAUGAAUGCACUGAUUGUUCCUAGAGACACAGUUGGAAGUAUAGUUUGCAACUUGAAAGUUGAAGAAACUGUGGUUACACUAACUGGAUGGGGAAGAAAAAGAAAGCUUUUUUCUGAGAAAGCAGGUUGUGAAAACCCUCAAGUGACUGCAAAAGACCUGCAGCAAGACUUGGUGGUGACAGGCACUGAGGUUUCACUGAGCACAGUAAGGAGCGUACUAAAUACAGAAGAUUUCAAUGCCAGAACUUCAAGAUGUACACCACAGUACAGUAGUAUCAGGAAAUCCUAGGAGAAAAUGUAAUGCCAUCUGUGAGGAAGUAGAAGCAUGCCUCACAUUCCACCAAGGCUCGGUAGCAGAAGUAGUCCUGGAAAUUUCUACAAUGGCCAUCAAGUCACCUGACUUGAACCCCAUAGAAGAUCUCUAGGGGGAUUUGAAGAAGGCGAUUGCAGCACUCAAACCCAAGAAUAUUACUGUACCGAAGGUCAUUGCUCAUGAGCAGUGGGAUAAGAUUCCUGCUAAGGAAUGCUGCCAGAAGCUGGUGUCUGGCUAUUCUCCUCGUUUGCAGCAGGUCAUAACAGCAAAAAGGUGCUCUACUGAGCACUAAAGAUUCUUGCCAUGAAGGAAACUGAAUUAUUUUGAGACUGGAGAAGUCUUCAUAAGUUCCAUUUUCAGUUGAAUUUGGGGAAACCACUUGAAGCAUUCGUUGUGUUGAGCUAUUUCAAUUGCUAUUGUGUGAUUUGUUUAUUGCAAACAGCUUAAAGUCUGUACAUUUUAACAAUAAGCAUGACUUUUAAUGGGGGUGGAAUAAUUCUGAUUACAACUGUAUUAUAUAGUUAAUAAACAUAUAAUUUAUAAAUACAGAUUCAUUUUUUACACUACUCCUAUGUCUGUCCAAUGGUUACUUUUUCUAACUUUCUCUGUGAACCAAACAGAGUUAAAAUGAUCCUAUCAGUGUUCUGCAAAAUAUAUACAGAAUAUUAUAUUAUCAGUGUACUGUAACAGAAAUAAUUAAUAUUAUGUAUAUAUUGUGCAGCAUACUGAGUGACCUCUUUUCAUUGGUUUUUUGUUCUUCUGAUGCAGUUCCCAAAUUGAAACCUUGGUUUUCAAAUUCUGCCAAUUUUCUCACCAUGCACAGUUAUAGUAGAGAGUAAUGAUCAGAACAUUGUAGUAUUACUGUUAAUGUUGGGAAGGUAAAUGACAUCUGGGACAAUAUUCAAUGAGAAGUUAACCGUUAAACUUUAAACUAACAUUGGCAUUUUGUUACGGUAAAUGGGGCGGUGUUGCAACCCUUCUUGCUAUCUGUGCCUCCAUGCCUAGCAACCCUGCCUGCCUGUACAGUGUUUAGUUCUAGGUAAUUCAACGCUCUCGCUUUACACUGCGACUCUGGCAACCAAGUCACGUCUUUCACAUUCCAGUAUUAUAACCAUAUAAUCAUAUAACCCUCAGAUAUAGCUUUCGCCAUUGAUUUCUCUAAUCACACACAUACAAAAAAAAACUAAGAAAAAAGUUACUUGUACAUUAUCCCAAAUCCCUGUGCAUAUUUACAUAGCUGGAGGUUUUAGCAUCCCUCCAAUGGCCAGAGACCAGAGUGUAAGAGGUUUUGCCUUGACGUGGCAGGUGAGCUUACACUUUAAUGGCCAUUGGAGUGAUACUAAAAAAAAAAUUGUUACAUCCAUAUAAAUUUAAAAUAAAAUUGAGAUUGUUAUGAAGAAAAUAGGUAAACAUACAUUAUGGGUGAUUUUCAAUAUUUUACACAGUAUUAUAAAUGCCAGAAAAGUCAGUUACCAUUUAACUGCGUCAUCCCAAAUGUCUUCGAUCAACAUAUUUGUUAGAUUUAGACAUCAGUCCUUGACACUAACAGGGUUAUUACCUAAAGUAAAUACAAAUAUUGGUCAUUUCUUUCAGGGAUAUUUACUAACAUGGUAAUUUAAAUUGAAUGUCAAAUUUAAGGUCGAACAUAAAAAAUUAUCUCUGUGAUUUCAUUCUGGCUUCUUUGGCCCUAAAUUUGACAUUUACUUUUAAUUCACUUUGAAUAACCAUUUUAGUAAGUAACCCAGAGAGAAUUGAAAUUACCAAUAUUUGUAUUACACGCGUCUCCUACACCUCUGGCAUAUUCAAUAUUUUCGUACAUUACUGUAGUGACUGGUAUUUUUAUUAGUGGGUUGGGAGGAAGCAACCAGUUAGAUGAUUAUUACAGAACCAGGUAAUAUUCCACUAAAUGUUUCUCUUGUCUGUCUUGCAGUUGAAAGAAGGAGAUGCGAUGAUGAAGAUAAAUUUGCCGGAAAUUGUAGCGAAAUCAAAGGAGCUCAAGGUGGCUUUAGAGGGUUAUACCCUAUACAUUGCAGCCAGCGUGGUAGAGUCAGCUUGUAAGUACACUUAUUACUAACAAUGUAUGUAUCUCAAAUGUAAUGUAGAACAAAACCAAUUAAUCUUAUUUAUACAGGCUGAUUUCUAAACACAUUUAUUGUAGUAUAAAGACACAUUACUGGGAGUAUUAUUGCUGUGGAGCUCUGUUAUACACUCAGACACAUUACUGGGAGUAUUAUUGCUGUGGAGUUCUGUUAUACACUCAGAUACAUUACUGGGAGUAUUAUUGCUGCUCAGUUCUGUUAUACACUCAGAUACAUUACUGGGAGUAUUAUUGCUGCGGAGCUCUGUUAUACACUCAGACACAUUAGUGGGAGUAUUAUUGCUGUGGAGCUCUGUUAUACACUCAGAUACAUUACUGGGAGUAUUAUUGCUGUGGAGCUCUGUUAUACACUCAGAUACAUUACUGGGAGUAUUAUUGCUGCGCAGUUCUGUUAUACACUCAGACACAUUGCUGGGAGUAUUAUUGCUGUGGAGCUCUGUUAUACACUCAGACACAUUACUGGGAGUAUUAUUGCUGUGGAGCUCUGUUAUACACUCCGACACAUUACUGGGAGUAUUAUUGCUGUGGAGCUCUGUUAUACACUCAGACACAUUACUGGGAGUAUUAUUGCUGUGGAGCUCUGUUAUACACUCAGACACAUUACUGGGAGUAUUAUUACUGUGGAGCUCUGUUAUACACUCAGACACAUUACUGGGAGUAUUAUUACUGUGGAGCUCUGUUAUACACUCAGACACAUUACUGGGAGUAUUAUUACUGUGGAGCUCUGUUAUACACUCUGACUUUCUAACCCUGAUCCAUGUCUGUCUGUAGCUGGCAUUUUUGAAGAGAAGGAACUCACCUCAGUUAAGAUUGUGGCUUCUCCUUACAAGAUAGAUCUAUCCAAAACUAAAAGAUAUUUCACCCCUGGGAACCCAACGCCAAUUGUGGUAAGCAUUAUAUAUUCUUUAGAUGAUCUUCUUAUGGUUCUUCAGGGAUCUUUUUGUUUGUUUAUGUUUAAGUCUGCUUUAGUUGGCUAUUUAGUUGAUCCGAACAAGUCUGGAAUUGUUCCUGCGCUAUUUCACUACAAUUUGGGGUUUCUGCAGACAAUUCAGUCUCAAUAAGGGCAGCUUUUGUAUGGCAUAAUUUCAGUUAAAUUCAAAUAACAGAAUAUUUUACACACACACACUCUCUAUUAGUCCAGUGAUGCAGAUGUGGAAAAAAAAAACAGGUAUAAUUCGUAUCUUGUAAUACUUUUUUUGUAUUGGACUAACACAAUUGUUUAAUGAUAAGCUUUCAGGAGAACAUCCUUUCUCAAAUCUAAAGCAUUUCUGAGCAAAGACGACACAUAGAAUUCAAAGUUGAGUUGUAAUAAAUGUAUUGGUGCUUGUGUGGAUGUAUGUGUAGGUUUGCAUGUACAUAUAUUUGUGCAUUGUGUUGUAUUUAUAUGUAUUUUGUUGUAUGUACUUGUGUAUACUUGUAUACAUAUACACUACGUGUGUAUAUGUAUUUGUGCAUGUACGUGUGUGUGUGUGUGUCUGUGUAUGCUGGAUAUAGAGCUUCAUACCUAUCCUGUAACUCUUGGAUGGGAAUUCACACAUUCUUUUAUAUUAAUACGCCCCCCUUCUAGCACCAUCUUCUGCACUGUUCGCUUGUUUUUUUCCCUAUCUCUCCCCCCUCACUUUGUUUCCUUCAUACAAGAUAUUUAUGACUAUCUGCAAGAAUGGUGUCUAUGUUCUAUCAAACCUGUGUCCUAUCCACACUCAUAUCGCUUUAACCCCUGUAUCACAACUAAACUUUGAAUUCUAUGUGUCGUCUUGCUCAGAAAUGCUUCAGACUUGAGAAAGGGAGGUUCUCCCAAAAGCUUGUCAUUACUAAAUGUUGUUAGUCCAAUAAAAAAGGUAUUAUAAGAUACGAUUUUAUCUGUUUUUUACAUAUCCAUAUAUACAUGACUCCAGAUUAUGAUUAAUCCCUUUCUUUUUAAUUCCUCUGUAAUUGAAUGUUAAAUUAUUCUAUCUUUAUUGUGUUAUUCAUGCAUUGUUUUUUUACUUGCCAGUUCCUGGUUACUUUCUCUCUCUUUGUACCUGACUCUUGAACCAUCUCCCUCUUUUCUAUGCUUUCUUUUUUUCUAUAGAACUCUUCUUUCUGCCCCUCUUUCUUCCACUGUGCCACUCUCUCACCCACCUUCCCCGUACUGCUCUCCUUUCUCUUUUUUUAUUGAUUUAUUCCACCACUUACAUAUUUCUCUAUAUAUAUCUUCUGAUCCAUGCAUUUCUUCCUCUCUUUCCUACUUUCUAUUUUUCACUUAUUCUACCACGUCUCUCUUUUUAUCUAUAUCUAACCCCUUUACCUCUCUCUUGUUCUUUCUUGGUUCCUUUCAAUGUGUGUCCUUUGAUGUUUCUCUCUCCGUAUUUCUUCCUCUCGUUCUCUCUCUUUCUUCCUCUGUCCCUUUUUUCCAUCUUUCUACAUUUUCCUCCCUGUUUCUCUUACUUGUUUUGUCUCUUACUCUUUCUAUCUAUUUCUAACUAUCGAUUUCUUCCUUUUCUUUUUCUAUUCUCUCCUCUUCCCCUCUCGUUAUUCUCAUCCUCUCUGUGUCUCCCUCUCUUUCAGGUAGAGGUGUCUAACGUGGACGGUUCCUCUACAGGCGUUGUAAAUAUUGAAAUCUCUCAGCCAAAAGGUGAAAAGCAGAAGCUUAGAUCAGACAUCAGUGGAGUUUUGUCAUUUGAUAUGAACACAAGUGAUAAAGAUAAAACCUUGGAUAUUGAGGUAAUAAACACUUUAACUGCAAAUUCUGACAACAUGUGUAACAGAGUAAAACUUCACAUUGCACACCCAUUGACAUGAGACAGAUUGUUUUUAUUGUUAUCUGGAGCUCUUAAUCAUUUUUAUUUAAAAUUUUCUAACCUGUGCGUGUAUGUCUUGACCUUUCAAUACUUAUGGCUCUCUCUGUGUCUUCUGUUAAACAUCUUCUGAUCUCUUCACAGGUUGCUGUAGUCGAUAAUCAGAACUCUGCAGUUGAAAAAUUAAGCCUCAUCGCCUUUUCUUCUAAAAGUAACAGUUUUCUUCACAUGAGUGUUCCGUAUCAGGUUGUGAGCCCCGGGGAGGCGGUCAUGGUCUCAGUAUCGUUAGUCACAGCAAACCCCGAAAAUGUGAAGAAAAUACAUUACAUGGUGAGCAGUGUUAGCAAGGGAGAUUAAUAAUAAGACCCAGAAACCUUCCGAUUAUGCUGUUUCCCUACUUCUUUUCUUGUUCUCUUCACUUAGUUACAAUUAUUUAUAUAUCGCCAACAUAUUCUACAGCGCUAUAGAAUAGGAAACAAGACACCCGUUUAAUUUUAACAAAACAUGUAUGAAAUGCGGGAACAGUAGGUGAAGAGGACCCUGUCCAGCUUGUCCAGAUCAGCUUACAAUCGAAAGAAGUGAGGGGAACCCUUGUGUUUCUCGAAGUUUCACCAUGAGUCUGUAACUUUUCUCUCGAUCUUUGGGCUAAACAACAUUCAUUCUUCUCUGACAUAUUCUCCUUCUUUCCUCCUCACUCACAUUCCCUCCUACUUUCUCCUUUUUUGUUUGAUAUUCUCCUCGCCUCUGUUUGCAUUCUCUCCUCUAUCCUUCUCUCUCAUUCUAUAACGAUUUCUCACAUUAUCUCCUGUUUAUCCUUCUCUCACAUUAUCUACCACUUUAUCUUCCUUUUCAUUGAGAUUUCGUUCAUCCUUCCCUUUCAUUCUCUUGAUCACGCAUAUUGACCUCCUUUUAUCAAUCUCACUCACUGGCUCUCUCUUUCCUUCUCUCUCUUAGUGUUCCUUCUCAUUCCUUUCCCUUUUAUCAAUCUAUUGUGUUUUCUUCACCAUUAUUCUUCUCUUGUUACCUACUUUAUAAUUCUCUACCCCUUUACUCAUCUAUUCCCUCCAUCUUUCUUUUACCUCUCUUCUCCUAAAUCCAUGACUUUAUAUCAGGUUUCCCUAGAUAUUAUAGACUCUACCCUUUCCCUUUAGAAGGUAUAAUAUAAGAAAUGUAAGCCAAUACAUUCAUUUAUAGAACUUCACAUAUUUCCACUAUCUCUAACUGCAUAUUGUGCACUCUAACUCUCAUUUAACCACAUUUUUUUUCUAAUACAUUAUACAUUAUUUUUCAUAAGAGUCUUGUGUCAUAACUAUAUGCCAAGUGGUUUAAGGAUGGACUAUCGAAGAGCCCCAUAUCCUGUUGUGCUCAGAAAGUCAUGGUGCUAUAUAGAACUUUAUAAAAUGCUAUGUUAAAAGCUUAGCAUCACUAUGUAACAACCAAUAUAAUAAAUGUUUAUGAUCACUUUUGAAUUAUUCAAUUUAAUUCUACCCAAUCUACUUUGCUCCCAUAAAGGUACUGAACAAGGGUCAGAUUCUCUUCCUAAAGUCUAUGGCCAGAACUAGCCUCAUGACUAUACAGAUCCCUGUGACCCCUUCCAUGAUUCCCUCCUUCCGUGUCAUUGCCUAUUAUUACCAGAGUUCUGAUAUCAUCGCCAACUCAGUUUGGGUGGACGUGACUGACGUUUGUGAGGGCAAGGUAAUAUAUGACAGUAUGUUGCUUGUUUUACAUUCUAGUACAUACAUCGUAGAUAAUAAAGCUGACUUGAAUCUCAUCAUGCAGUUGGUGAUAAGAAAUAACGAAAAACGUGAGAUUCAGCCACGGGGACCCAUCAAACUGGAAGUGGAAACAGAUGAUGCCACCACAGUGGGUUUAGCCGCCGUAGAUACAGCCGUAUAUGUUCUGAAUUCCAAGAACAAGUUGACACUAGACAAGGUUAACCAUUAUCUUCAAUCUUAUUCAUGUAAUUUAUAAUAUAAUCCGUGUGUAUAAGUUAAAUGUAUUUAUGUGUCAAUAACUGUUAAUAUGUAACUGUGUUUGUUUUUAGUAUUGGGAGAAUGUAAUACAUGUGGUAUGUUUAUAUAUUUCGAGUGACCACUUUAGAUGUACUUUUAAUUAAAUCAGUACUGAUAAAAACAUAUCAAAUACACCACAAGACAGGGAAUAGAUAUUAACAUCAUAGCCACCCCUCCACAGCCCCCACCAUACAAGAAGACACCUUCCUACACACUUUCUCAUUCAAGAUUGUGAACAUGGUUUGGGAAGUGGACUGACUAGAAAUCCUCCGGAGAGUUCUGCCCCCUGCUGACUACGGUAUUCACCACUUUUAUCAGAAUAUAAAGGAAGGAAAUAGUGUUGUAAAAGAGAAGACGGCAAAUAGAAGAAAGGAAAAGGGAUGUAGAGGAAACCUUAGAAGACUGUAGUUAAGCAAUAAUUAAAUAGUAAUCGUAUCUUGCAUGAGGGACCCGGUUGGAUUAAAUAAAUUGAGAUCUGAUAAAACAACACAAUCAAUGUAGUCAUUUGUAAGUUAUAUGUUAUUUUUCAGAAGUACUUUUGAAAAGUCAGGUGGGGAAUAGAUUCCCACUGUUUUGCUAUCUUUCUAGUAGCUAUCAGAGCAAUCCUUAAAUAAAAAACACACAAAAUUAAGUCCUGCGCUCAAACUCCCAUUACUUCAGGGCUACAGCAAAGGCUACAGUAUACAUCAGUCCAAACACAUAGAAUGUUGCACACUAUCCCCAAUCCCUAUGCACAGUUCAAUAACUGGAGGCUUUUAGUAUUACUCCAAUGGCCAUUAAAGUGUAAGCUCAUCUGUCCUACGCUAACAAUUUACCUUGCUGCUUUCAGCUAAAAGGCAAAAUCACUAAUGAGACAGAGUUGUUUUAUAAACCCAUGCACACUUAUUAACCCUUAAUAGGGAACACAUGGAGUGUGCUCAUGACUGCACAAACCCGUAACAGGUCUGGACAGUAUCACCUGAGGAUGCCUUAUCUUCUAUCUCCUCCAGAUGUUCAAAGCUAUGAAUGGUUAUGACUUGGGCUGCUCUCCAGGAGGAGGCAAGGAUUACAGCCAUGUGUUCACAGAUGCUGGACUGGCAUUCGUUUCCUCUGCUGGAUACAGUAACUUACAGGGUGAGAAGACUUUGUAGCCAGCCAUGUCUAAACAGAUAGCUCCUUAUCACAGAUCAAAGGCAUGCUUUAUGUCUGUCUAUUCCAAUGUUCCGAGCUGUUCAAGGUCUUAGGUUCCACUAUUUCUCAGCCUGAUUCCAGGGUGCACAUAGUUGGAUUAUAAUUUUUUUAUUUUCUUAGAUCCAAACUAGCUUCCUGUCAGGCAGAAUGGAUUAUUCUGCAACAGAAUAAGAUCUUUAGUCUAACGAUUGCUUAAAGAACUAGAAGAAAUCACAUGCAAUAUUUUUUUGAAGGUGGAGGAGAACUCAACAAGAAAAUGCUUUAUUUUUCCACUUCUGGGAUUUGUGAAUGAGGUUUUGUCUAUGAUUUCAGAGAUAAUGCAUGAAAACUCUGCAAAUCUGUACAAUAAGGUUGCUCAGGUGCAUCAAUACAAAAAUGGUUUCACUGACUGCUCUUAAUGGAACAUAUUUAUUCUCCAUAUGAACUGUUUCUGAGAGUCAGAUAACGCUCUCACUGGAUUAUCUACUAAAGUGAGAAUCAUCAGGAAUUGAACGUGAAUUUCAAAUUUAAGGUCAAAAUAGCCGAACUAAAAAAAAAUAUCCAAGCCUGCUCUAGUUCAGCUAAUUUGGCCUUAAAUUUGAAAUUUCCCGUCCAACCUUCCUUAUACUGUGGCCGCCGGGAGGAAGGAAGUGAGAAGGAAGCAGUGUUAGGUCCUGGGUGACCGACUUUGGAAAACAUAUUAACCCCUGGUGGUAAGAGAAUGCCCAGACAAUGCUACAGUGGAGACAGUCUUACCUUUAGCGGUUAAACUGUUUUUUAAACCAGAGGUUAUCUCCAGCAGCGAUCACAGCUGGACACUCUCAGCCAAUCAGUGACUCCCUAUUCACAAAACUGGCUUGCAAAAGGUACAUUUCAUUUCAGACCAGUUUAGUUCCUCCAGAGAGCCUCCUGGCACCAUAGCAACUUCAUCUAGAUGAAGUUGUUUUGGUAGUUGGAGUGUUCAUUUAAAGAUGGCUGCUUCUACCAAGAGCAAAGGUAAGCCAGGAAAGGCAGCAUUUCCUUUUAUAAGAGCACAUACAUUUAAUUUUUUAGUGAUUAUUAAUAUUCCUUUUUGCAGUUAAUUCUCAGUGUGUCAUAUCUUGAUAUGUUGUUUUGGGUUUCUAUAGUAAAUGCUUUGAAGCUGAAAAUGAUUUUGUACAUCUGUCUAUGGCUAACUUGUGUCUCUUUUGUUCUUACUCUGUGUGAACUUGCAGAUUAUGGAUGCAGAGUUCCAAAUCGUAAGAAAAGAUCAGAUGAAGCCACUAAACUUGCACAGCAAAAAGGUAACACAAGAACAAGUUUAACAAAAAAGUGGAAUUCAAUCAAAAAAAUAGUUCAAUAAAAAAAUAUAAAAAUUUUCACAAAAAGUACUGUAACCUACAGUAGCGAAAUCUUGGAGGAAUUCAGAGUAACUCAGAUCCUCUGCACUAUGGAAUGCUUAAUAAAUUGAAUUCCUCAAGCAGAGUAUUUACUGAUUUUAAGAGAUCUUCUCAAAAGAGCUCAACUUUGGAAACAUGCAGCAAAUUACAGGUUUGAACCUGGUGGGUUUAUUGUGAAAGAUUUAUUCUCUGUUCACGUUGGUGUAUAGUGAACAAUUUUUGUUUCAUUUUCGUUAAUCAGCUGUAUAUACAAGAUCUCAGCGGGUCAGAAUUUUGGACUCACCCAGCGUGCACCAACUCUUCAUACUGGUCCUUAAAUAUGUUCCGGGAUCUCAUAAUGUGUUGUCAGAUGAGUAUUCAUAAAAAUCUACCUUCCUUUUGCAGUUCGCUCCUAUCCCACUGGGGAGCUGCAGACUUGCUGUAAAGAUGGGAUGUCUCUUCUACCUAAAGGCAUGGCACGGGAUUGUAACAAGCGUGCUAGUCGUGUGCCAUCACCUGCUUGCCGGAAUGCAUUCCUGAAAUGUUGCCUGUAUGCAGAGGAUCUACGCAAAACGUACAAACGUAAACCAUCUGGGGUUGCAAGAAGUAAGUACAAUACACAGAACAUCACUCCACUGAUAUAUCAUAGUGUAGACACCAGCACACCUUAAUGUUACUACCUUUCCUCAAAAGAGACUCACACCACUUCCUUUCCCAAUAGAGACUCAUACAGUUUCCUUCCCCAAUAGAGACUUGUGGCGAAAGUAACCUCGCCACUGGCUUUUGGAAGGGCCUAUUUGCCAGCCUCCUGCCCUGUGACUAUGGCCCCUGUAAUAGACUUUGGUUAAAUACACUGUUUGUGCCUUUUGUAUGGUUACACUUCAAACUCUCGAAGCGGUUUGAAGCAGCACUUCGAACUCCCGAAGUGGUGUGAAGCGGUCAGCUGGCAUUUGAACACGUGGCGGCGUCCAUCUUAAGCCGCGAGCACAAUGAGCGGUGUUUGGUCAUCGAGUGUAUGGAACUCAAAUAGGACACUCGACGGCGCGAACACCGCUAAACACAUACCUUCCACUGGUGUUCGGCUAUUUGAAAGGGAAUUGAAUGGCGUUCGGUGGGAAUAAACUCCCAAACAAGAGACAUAAACUGAGCCUACUCCUGAACCUAUAUGUUCGGUAUUUUAUAUUCUUCUUUGAAUCCCCGAAGUAGACCGACCAAACAGCCUGAUUUCCUGGAACUCUUUUUGGACAGUAAUUUUGUGUGGGGUCGGUUAAAAUAAGACGUCCAUGGAAAUACCGAACCCCUGAACCGAUCUGGGUGAUUUUUAGAUAUCUUGUUCACCCAGAUCAGAUCAGGGUGAUAUAAUAUUUUAUGGGGUUUCCAUGAGUCAUAAAGGUACUUUUGGGGUUUAAUAAAAAUGUGUUUUUUCUGCCUGGAGAUAAUUGAGUUAAUACAGUUUCUGACUCAAUUAUCUCCCAGACAGAUGGGAGGGGUUGUAUGUUUGUAUAUGGGAGUGUCAUGCAUUUAAACACCUUUGUGAUUGGUCUGUAACUUUAUACUGUAGUUCCCCACAAGGUCUCUGUGGGAGUACCCCUUGCAUGGGGAAUUGCAUAAAAGGCCAGUGUGGCUACCAAUAUAUGAGUUCAUGUUUACCCUCAACAUAGAGCCUCAUGUGUGGAGGAAACGGCUGUAUCUACCCUGGGGAUUGCUAUAUCACUAUACUCCUCUGGGUAAUAAUCACUUGCUCUUGUAAGAGCUGCCUGCUACACUCUAUGGAGUAGGAGAGGUCUACCCACUGGAAGCUGGAUCCUGGUCUUGGGUCCAGUGUAAUUGGAGGACGGUGAGACCGCAGCCAAGCUGUAAUCCUGGAAGUGGGGACUACGGUGUUGAUGGUGUCUGGUACAGUGCUUGUGGUACUCGGUAAACACUAGGAAGCAGCGAUUGGCAGAGGCACCCAGUCGGGGGGCCAGGCGGUCCGCCACAAGACACAACCUUCUUGCUUCCCCAUCAGAGACUCAUACUGCUUGCUUCCCCAGUAGAGACUCAUACUGCUUCCUUCCUCAAUAGAGACUCAUACUGCUUGCUUCCCAGUAGAGACUCAUACUGCUUCCUUCCUCAAAAGAGACUCAUACUGCUUGCUUCCCCAAUAGAGAAUUGAACUGUUUCCUUCCCCAGUAGAGACUCAUACUGCCUCCUUUCUCAAGAGAGACUCAUACUUAUUGCUUCCCCAGUAGAAAAUCAUACUGUUUCCUUCCUCAGUAGAGGCUCAUACUGUUUCCUUCCCCAAUAGAGACUCAUACUGUUUCCUUCUUCAAUAGAGACUCAUACUGCUUCUUUCCCCAAUAGAGACUCAUACUGUUUCCUUCCCCAACAGAGACUCAUACUGCUUCCUUCCCAAGUAGACACUCAUACUGUUUCCUUCCCCAGUAGAGAAUCAUACUAUGUCCUUCCCCAAUAGAGACUCAUACUGCUUUCUUUCGCAACAGAAGUUCAUGUUAAUUCUGUCCACUGUGGAAAGUCACACUGUUUCAUUCUUCCCCUUCCCCAGUAGAGACUCAUACCGAUUCAUUCCACAGUAGAUACUCAUACUGCUUCCUUCCCAAGUAGAGACUCAUAUGGUUUCCUUCCCCAGUAGAGACUCAUACUGCUUCCUUCAACAACAGAGAGAAAUAUUGCUUCCUUUCCCCAAAAAACUCUUCCCCUCUUUCCCUUCCCCAGUAGAGACUCUUACUGCUUCCUUCCCCAGCAGAGACUCAUACUGCUUCCUUCCCCAAUACAGACUCAUACUGCUUCCUUCCCCAAUAUAGACUCAAACUGCUUCCUUCCCCAAUACACACUCAUACUGUUUCCUUCCACAGUAGAGACUCAUACUGCUUCCUUCCCCAAUACAGACUCAUACUGCUUCCUUCCCCAAUAGAGACUCAUACUGUUUCCUUCCCCAAUACAGACUCAUACUGUUUCCUUCCCCAAUACAGACUCAUACUGCUUCCUUCCCCAACAGAGACUCAUACUGCUUCCUUCCCCAAUACACACUCAUACUGCUUCCUUCCCCAAUACAGACUCAUACUGCUUCCUUCCCCAGUAGAGACUCAUACGGUUUCCUUCCCCAAUACAGACUCAUACGGUUUCCUUCCCCAGUAGAGACUCAUACUGUUUCCCUCCCCAAUACAGACUCAUACUGCUUCCUUCCCCAGUAGAGACUCAUACUGUUUCCUUCCCCAAUACAGACUCAUACUGCUUCCUUCCCCAAUAGAGACUCAUACUGUUUCCUUCCCCAAUAGAGACUCAUACUGUUUCCUUCCCCAAUACAGACUCAUACUGUUUCCUUCCCCAAUACAGACUCAUACUGCUUCCUUCCCCAAUACAGACUCAUACUGCUUCCUUCCCCAAUAGAGACUCAUACUGCUUCCUUCCCCAAUACAGACUCAUACUGCUUCCUUCCCCAGUAGAGACUCAUACGGUUUCCUUCCCCAGUAGAGACUCAUACGGUUUCCUUCCCCAAUAGAGACUCAUACGGUUUCCUUCCCCAAUAGAGACUCAUACUGUUUCCUUCCCCAAUACACACUGUGGCUUACUGUGCAGCUUCCUUCCCCAAUAAAGACUCAUACUGCUUCCUUCCCUAGUAGAAGUUCAUGUCAAUUCUUUCAAUUGUAGAACGUCAUGCUGUCCAUUCUCACUGCUGGGAUUGCUUUCUGUCCUUGCUGUAUAUCUCUUUACAAUGUUGCCGGUUAUUCCUUGCUGACUAUCCUUUAAACUUGGCUUCUUAGCUCAGGAGAAUGAAGGGGAUUUGAAUUUUGCUGAUGAAUCAUCCGUUCAGGUUCGUUCGGCUUUCCCUGAGAGCUGGCUAUGGAGGACAAUCACAGUGAACAAGAAGCACAGGUGAAUUCGUCAUAUAUUGCUCUGUGUGUAAAUCUAAAAUGUUACAUUUUUCCAGUUAGUUAUUCUUGUCAAGCAGUUCGGAAUUUUUGUGAAAAGGGACAUUUUAAACUUCCGAUACAGACGGCCAGAUUAACAUGGUAUCCCAUCGUAUCGUAUAGAUGUAUAGAAAAAGACUGCCAACAAUCACAUUAGUGUCUUAUUGCACAGCUCGUUGUGUGGCUUAUUGUGCAGCUCGUUGUAUGUCUUAUUGUGCAGCUCGUUGUAUGGCUUAUUGUGCAGCUCGUCGUAUGGUUUAUUGUACAGCUCAUUCUAUGGCUUAUUGUGCACCUUGUUGUAUGGCUUAUUGUGCAGCUCGUUGUAUGGUUUAUUGUGCAGCUCGUUGUAUGGUUUACUGUGCAGCUCGUUGUAUGGUUUAUUGUACAGCUCGUUGUAUGGCUUAUUGUGCAGCUCGUUGUAUGGUUUAUUGUGCAGCUCGUUGAAUGGCUUAUUGUACAGCUCGUUUUAUGGCUUAUUGUGCAGCUCAUUGUAUGGCUUAUUGUGCAGCUCGUUGUAUGGUUUAUUGUACAGCUCGUUGUAUGGCUUAUUGUGCAGCUCGUUGUAUGGUUUAUUGUGCAGCUCGUUGUAUGGCUUAUUGUGCAGCUCAUUGUAUGGCUUAUUGUACAGCUCGUUGUUUGUCUUAUUGUGCAGCUCAUUGUAUGGCUUAUUGUGCAGCUCGUUGUAUGGUUUAUUGUACAGCUCGCUGUUUGGCUUAUUGUGCAGCUCGUUGUAUGGCCUAUUGUGCAGCUCGUUGUAUGGUUUAUUGUGCAGCUCGUUGUUUGGCUUAUUGUACAGCUCGUUGUAUGGCUUAUUGUGCAGCUCGUUGUAUGGUUUAUUGUACAGCUCGUUGUAUGGUUUAUUGUACAGCUCGUUGUAUGGCUUAUUGUACAGCUCGUUGUAUGGUUUAUUGUACAGCUCGUUGUUGGGCUUAUUGUACAGCUCAUUGUUUGGCUUAUUGUACAGCUCGUUGUAUGGCUUAUUGUGCAGCUCGUUGUAUGGUUUAUUGUACAGCUCGUUGUAUGGCUUACUGUGCAGCUCGUUGUAUGGCUUAUUGUGCAGCUCGUUGUUUGUCUUAUUGUGCAGCUCUUUGUAUGGUUUAUUGUACAGCUUUUUGUUUGUCUUAUUGUACAGCUUGUUGUAUGGCUUAUUGUGCAGCUCGUUGUAUGGUUUAUAGUACAGCUCGUUGUAUGGCUUAUUGUACAGCUCGUUGUAUGGCUAAUUGUGCAGCUCGUUGUUUGUCUUAUUGUGCAGCUCCUUGUAUGGCUUAUUGUGCAGCUCGUUGUUUGUCUUAUUGUACAGCUCGUUGUUUGUCUUAUUGUACAGCUCGUUGUAUGGCUUAUUGUGCAGCUCGUUGUUUAGCUUAUUGUACAGCUCGUUGUUGGGCUUAUUGUACAGCUCGUUGUUUGGCUUAUUGUACAGCUCGUUGUAUGGCUUAUUGUGCAGCUCGUUCUAUGGUUUAUUGUACAGCUCGUUGUAUGGCUUACUGUGCAGCUUGUUGUAUGGCUUAUUGUGCAGCUCAUUGUAUGGCUUAUUGUGCGGCUCGUUGUUUGUCUUAUUGUGCAGCUCGUUGUUUGUCUUAUUGUGCAGCUCUUUGUAUGGUUUAUUGUACAGCUUUUUGUUUGUCUUAUUGUACAGCUCGUUGUAUGGCUUAUUGUGCAGCUCGUUGUAUGGUUUAUUGUACAGCUCGUUGUAUGGCUUAUUGUACAGCUCGUUGUAUGGCUAAUUGUGCAGCUCGUUGUUUGUCUUAUUGUGCAGCUCCUUGUAUGGCUUAUUGUGCAGCUCGUUGUUUGUCUUAUUGUACAGCUCGUUGUUUGUCUUAUUGUACAGCUCGUUGUAUUGCUUAUUGUGCAGCUCGUUGUUUAGCUUAUUGUACAGCUCGUUGUUUGGCUUAUUGUGCAGCUCAUUGUAUGGCUUAUUGUGCAGCCCGUUGUAUGGCUUAUUGUACAGCUCAUUGUUUAUCUUAUUGUGCAGCUUAUUGUAUGGCUUAUUGUACAGCUUGUUGUAUGGCUUAUUGUGCAGCUCAUUGUUCGUCUUAUUGUACAGCUCGUUGUAUGGCUUAUUGUAUAGCUCAUUGUAUGGCUUAUUGUGCAGCUCGUUGUUUGUCUUAUUGUACAGCUCGUUGUAAGGCUAAUUGUGCAGCUCGUUGUUUGUCUUAUUGUGCAGCUCGUUGUAUGGCUUAUUGUGCAGCCGUUGUUUGUCUUAUUGUGCAGCUCGUUGUUUGGCUUAUUGUGCAGCUCGUUGUAUGGCUUAUUGUACAGCUCGUUGUUUGGCUAUUGUGCAGCUCGUUGUAUGGCUUAUUGUACAGCUUUGUUUGGCUUAUUGUGCAGCUCGUUGUUUGGCUUAUUGUGCUCGUUGUUUGGCUUAUUGUACAGCUCGUUGUAUGGCUUAUUGUGCAGCUCGUUGUUUGGCUUAUUGUGCAGCUCGUUGUUUAGCUUAUUGUACAGCUCGUUGUAUGGCUUAUUGUGUGGCUCGUUUUUUGGCUUAUUGUACAGCUCGUUGUAUGGGUAAUUGUGCAGCUCGUUGUUUGUCUUAUUGUGCAGCUCGUUGUAUGGCUAAUUGUGCAGCUCGUUGUUUGUCUUAUUGUGCAGCUCAUUGUAUGGCUUAUUGUGCAGCUCGUUGUUUGUCUUAUUAUACAGCUCGUUGUAUGGCUUAUUGUGCAGCUCGUUGUUUGUCUUAUUGUACAGCUCGUUAUAUGCCUACUUGUGCAGCUCGUUGUUUGUCUUAUUGUGCAGCUCGUUGUAUGGCUAAUUGUGCAGCCCGUUGUUUGUCUUAUUGUACAGCUCAUUGUUUGGCUUAUUGUGCAGCUCAUUGUUUGGCUUAUUGUGCAGCUCGUUGUAUGGCUUAUUGUACAGCUCGUUGUUUGGCUUAUUGUGCAGCUCCUUGUUUGGCUUAUUGUGCAGCUCCUUGUUUGGCUUAUUGUACAGCUUGUUGUUUGGCUUAUUGUACAGCUCGUUGUUGGGCUUAUUGUACAGCUCGUUGUAUGGCUUAUUGUGCAGCUCGUUGUUUGGCUUAUUGUACAGCUCGUUGUAUGGCUUAUUGUGCAGCUCGUUGUUUGGCUUAUUGUACAGCUCGUUGUAUGGCUUAUUGUGCAGCUCGUUGUUUGGCUUAUUGUACAGCUCGUUGUAUGGCUAAUUGUGCAGCUCGUUGUUUGUCUUAUUGUGCAGCUCGUUGUAUGGCUUAUUGUGCAGCUCGUUGUUUGUCUUAUUAUACAGCUUGUUGUUUGUCUUAUUGUGCAGCUCGUUGUAUGGCUUAUUGUGCAGCUCGUUGUUUGUCUUAUUGUACAGCUCGUUGUAUGGCUUAUUGUACAGCUCGUUGUUUGGCUUAUUGUACAGCUCGUUAUUUGACCUAUUGUACAGCUCGUUGUUUGACUUCUUGCACUGCUUAUUGUUGUGUUCAAAAAUCACCUAGACGUCUUGCCAUUGAAUUCCUAUUAAUUUCUUUUUAUUGUUUCUGCUCUGAUUUGCGGCCCAGAUUUAAACCACCUACACACUGAUAUUAUAUGGGGCUCUCUGGCUUUUUCAUCGUGCUGUCAAAGUACCUAAACAGCAGAAGCACGUGCACAUUAUUUAGGGCAGUCUCCUCCACAUAUGUUAAUGGUAUUCUAGACUUCCCAUAUAUGAGAAUGGGGAAAAAUGGAUUUACCAUAACCACUACAGGAGGCUACAAAGCUGUAGUGGUUAUGGUUAUUGGAGUGUUCAGUCCCCUUUGCUCUCUUGGCUGCUAUAAAUUGCUCAUAAGGUAUAUGCUAAGAAAUAACUCAGCAAAAAAGUUAUACCAACACCGAAUGAGGAGUUGUGUUGGAUCCACGGAAUUCCAGUUAGGGAAAUGUAAGGACCCUCGGUUACCCUGACUUAUAAUACACGAUGGAAAAUCAACCAAUGUUCGGUAUCAGUCUCUUACAAUGAAAUUAUUUAAAUGAAUUUAUAACUAAACUAGGAUCAACCAAAUAUUGGUUUUAUAAAAGAGUCUGUCAUAAUGUUUCUCUAGGGAAACCGUUUAUGUCCCGGACUCGAUCACGACAUGGGAGAUACAGGCUGUAGGCAUGUCUAAAGGAAAAGGUAAGAGACAUCACUCCAAUACCAUACUACAGAUCAUUACUCCAUUUAAUCCCACCACAGAACAUCGCCACACUACGCUGCAACAAAACAUUACUUCAUUGACCCCACUGCAUAAUAUCAAUUCACUAAAUCAACUCUCCACUAACUCCAAAGCAGAAUAUCACUCCCUUAGCCCCACUGCAGAGCGUUUCCCUACUAUCCACACUGCGUAUCAUCUCUCCACUAAAUGUUCUGCAGCUCAUUCAUAUAUAAUCAGAGAGAGCUUACUGGUUAUUGCUUUAUUUAUUAUUAACCCGUUUCCCAAAAUACUGGUGAAAGUAACAAUCAGAAAGGACAAACAGAGCUCAGUCCCUUUACCCGUCUCCAUUUACAGGUUUCUGUAUUGCUGAACCCAUCAAAGUAAGAGUGUUUCAGAGAUUUCACAUUCACAUGAGAGUGCCUUUCUCCAUAAAGAGAUUUGAACAACUUGAGCUCAGACCGGUUUUAUAUAAUUACGAUGAUGAGGAACUAAAGGUAAGGAUACAGCUUCUUCACUCUCAUCCACUCUGCCCUACCUGCAAACUCUACUGGUACAGAAUAUCGCUGUAAAAAAAAGUCCCAUUAUCCCUAGUCAGUAAUCACACUAUGCUACCUGGAGAUGUGAGAUUUUAUGGACUCAGUGGAGAGAUAUGUUUUGUUCUCCAUGCUAUGCUUUUAAAAGGCACACAUUCCCCUCUAUACAAUGGACAUCCCUUGCCUGAGCAGCAUACAUUCUGCAACAUUCACAAAACAGGUAAUGUUAGUGUAUUGUCCAGAGAAUUACAAAUAUUAGGUGAAAAUAUAGGAUGGAAGAAUAGAUAUGGUCUGAGUUGACCUAAGAUUUAAAAUUCCAUAGGAUGUUUAAUGAAUAGACCCGUUUGAUAUUGCCGGUUAAACUCUUUCUUUCUACAUUGCUCUGUUAAUCCUAGAUAUGAAUUAAUGUCCUAUUUCCCACAUAUUACUGUUCUUGAAAACUUUCUACCAUGCUACACCUGGUCAAGACAUUUCCUGCCAAGAGUUCAUGAAUAUAUGAACGAAAUACACUUUAUUUGAAUCCUGGAACUCCCUUAGGUAGAUGUCAUAACCCACCUGUUGCUGUCCACUAUGACCCACUAUAGCUAUCUAGCUAAUAGUUAUAGCUAUAGUUAUUUCAUAAUUUACAUUAGUUGCAGAGGAGCAAGGUGACCAAACCUCGAACAUCAGGUUUUUCAAGGUGACCACCUAGUUCUGCUCUAUGGUCCUUACUAUGGCCACUCACACAAGUCUUUAUUGCUUUGCCCCAUGCAGGUGAAAGUGUACAUGGAGAAGGAAGACACGAUCUGCACACCUAGUCUCUAUGAAGAAGGUUCAGGAGGACAGAUUGUGACAGUGCCCGGAAACUCUGCCGUUUCUGUCCCAUUCACUGUAGUGCCCCUGGGAAAAUCCAACACCGUUAUUUCAGUGAUCGCCUUAGCAAGAAAUGGUGUCUCCGAUGGUGUGAAGAAGACACUACAGAUUGUGGUGAGUCGAUACUAUUCUAAUAUACUUCUUAAAUACAGUAUCUGUUUCUCUCAUUCUCUUGCUACUGUUUGCAACCACUUUUCCUGUUUAUUUCCAUUCCUUCCUAUACUAUUACAUUUCCAGUUGAACUGAAACCCAUUCUCUCACUCACUUCACAAUUAACUUUAACCUUCUCUGUCUCCUCAGAGAGAAGGUGUCUCUGUUGUUGAAGAGAAAACGUAUCUCAUGGAUCCUAAAAGUAAGCUCUGGAAUAAGAUGAAAAUUGAUCUGGAAUGAAAUACAACUGUAUUUCAACAAAGUCCUUUUCUUUGUCAAUAAGAGUCGUCUUGAUAAUCCACACUUGAUUAUUGUUUUCUUAGAGAGUUGUGCUUUGUGAAGCCUUCACACGCUCAGUAAAGACAUAGGAUAUAGUGGAUAGAUGGUUUUGUCAGCAAAUUUAGUAGAUACCUUGAAGGGAUAGUUUUUAUCUAGGUAAGGUUUGCAGAACUAUAAAAAAAAAUACGAACAGGUAAAGUGUUGAUCCACUGAUAAAUAUAACUGCCACGAUUUUAUCUACAUUUUUACUACAAACAUACCAUAUUUUGGUUAUCUUAAUCUGCAGAAGUACAAGUUAUUUUUUAUGUGAACUCUCUGCUCACCACGCACAUGAGUGAUGAUGCAGCUUUGGAGUCAGUUAUAAAAUAAACAAUUUAUAUACUCAUCCCUUAAUCUUUUUCUCUUUUCUCAGACCCCGCUAGACGUUCUAUCUCUAUAGACGAACCUUUGCCUACAAACAUGAUCCCAGAUGAUACAUUCCGUUCCACCAUCAGAGUAACCAGUAAGUAGAGAAGCGUCCGAAUGAUGGACAGACCAAAUAUUUUGAUAUUUAAUACAAAAUGUUUUUCAAGAAAAUGAAAAAGAAAAAAAAUGACAAAAUGGCAAUGGGAGUGAGAAGAGAAUGCUCCCUUUCUCCACGAUGAAUAGCUUCCAUGUGACAUCUUACCCUCUUGAAUUGGGCAGAACAAAUAAUUAAUGUGUAUCCCAGUAGGAUGAGAAAUACUCUGGGUGACUAACUCAUAUAACAAUGGCACUGGCCCUGCUCCAGGGUAACCUCAUUUGUCAUGUAUUUUCCCAAUCAAUAUAUAGUAUAAAGGGGAUUUGAAUAGAACAAAUUUCAAACAACAUAACCACUACAGCCCAUUGCAGAGGUUAUGGUGCUCUGGCACCACCCUUGGUUCUAAGUAAAACUGUUUUAGAGCAGGGUGCCCCCAAGUGACACACUUAGUGUAUCAUUACCAUCCAAAUAUAGACAACAUUGAUAUCAGCAAUGAAGAAAUGUAAAUUCUGCUUUGUCAAUAUGACACGCAAGAGGGCAGGCUAUAGAUGUCUGGGGAGACCCUGUUUUUGUCAGGCCACUUUAAAUGGUUUGUUGCAGAUGAUGGGUGGUGCCUAUAGUCUAAGAGCACUAUAACCACUGCAACAGGCUGUAAUGGUUAUGGUGCUGUAAUCGAUAUUGAGCUUUUAACAAAACUAUACCUAAAUCAACACACUUUAUACACGCAUUAAAGGAAUACUCUAGUGCCAGGAAUACAUCACUCCCCCUGCUUCCCCCCUUUAUCACACUGCUAUAUGCUCACCUAUGCUCGGACACUACUGAAUGGGGCUUCCUGACAUACACGUCUCAUUGGGAGAGAGACCUGGGGGAGGUCCUUGAGGGGGUGGAGUGGCGGGAAAUUUGGGAGGCCUGCAACACCUCCUCUAUUUGUGUUUCCAUGCAGGAGCAAUCCUUUAAAACCCUAUUUCGGUGGUACGUCACCCCCGUCCAAUUAUGUAGAAUGCGUAAUCACCUUCUGACCUGUGCUGGAGGAACUGCGGUCUCAGGGGUACGUACGCCCACAUGUGGUGGGAGUGUCCUAAAAUCAGACCGUUCUGGAAAGAUGUUGGAGACAUAAUAGAGCAAGUCUUUCAAAGGGCUCUAUGUCUAGACCCAUGGAUAUAUCUCUUGAAUAGGUCCAUAGAGGAUUGGCCGAGACAGGACCAGAGACUACUCCAUAAAAUUACGUUAGCCGCCCUUAGAGCUAUUGCACAACACUGGCUAAAAACCCAGCCACCUUCCAGGUCACUGGUGAUCGGGAAGAUAAAAGACAACUGCCUCAUGGACGACCUUACUGCACGGGUGCGGGGUACGGGGGGCGGUUUGGGACUUGGGAGCCCUGGAGAGGGAGCCAAUUCGCAGACUGAGCGGAGGCGCAGACGGCACGGGUCACCACCCUCCUCGCGGUCCUGCCUUGGAAGCCCGCCCCUGUCCUCCGCCUCCCCCGGCCCUCUGACCCUGCCUGCGUGCCCGAAGCUGGAGCCUUGCCCCUUACCCCCCUCUCUCCCUCCCCUGCUCUCUCACUACUUCUAUUUUCCUCUUGAUAUAUCUAUCUCUCUUACUCUCUUUGGCCCCUGUCUCCUCAGGGGGCCCCCUACCACACACAAAUAGCACCCAUAAGCGCAGAUCGAUAUAGGAAGCUAACAGCAGCCUUGUCACCCGGCUACAAGGGGCAGAGUAGUAGGGGGGGUGGUGGGUUAGAGGCGGAAACUGGCAGGACACUGAGAAUAGCACCAGAACCCAAUAAGGAGGGCUCAUACUAGAGCCAUUGGAGGCUUACAGCGCGACCCCCAAUAGCGAGAGGGAGCCAAUGAUUGGCCCCACCACAUGCGAUUGCGAUCAUCAUUAUUACCUUUCAAAACCAGUAGCACAUAACUGCAAUGGCCCUAUACCCAUACCCCACCCGAAGGGAUGAUCAGGCCAGGCUACUAGAUACGUAGACAUGACCCACACGGACACUAGCCCUAUAACAGCUCUUGUGGACCUGACCGCACGAUUACUGCAGACCCCUACUACGCACCAUCAUUUUAUACAAGUUAAUGUAAGAUCAAAACUGUGCCUCUGUUCCACGCUAUGUAUAUAUUGUUUAUUAUGCUGUUCCUACUAUACGCAAAUGUUGUCGUGGCGACACGACCUCUGGUGUCAUCUUGUGCACAGACAAAUAAAGAAUUAAAAAAAAAAAAAUAAUGCCAAGCAUUCACACAGAAACAUACAUACAUCAAUGCACACAUUACAUUUUAUGUACAUUCAAGAGAGGGUUUUACAAAUGCUUGGAGUUUUACUUGACUGCAACAUCCAUAAUAAAUAUGCACGUAUUGAUGGCUUUAUUAUCUAGUUUAUAUCAUACGUAAGAUUUAAUAUAUGCAUACCAUGUGUAGCUUGUCUUACAAAAUAGUUUUAUUUAUAACAACAUAUUAAUAUUUGUAGAGAUGGUUUUCUAUGUUGAAAGCCAGGUUUCUGGGUUCUGUAUUUUACAUUGUGUUUCCCUCUUUGCAUAUCCCAUUGUGUUUCUGUAUGAUUUUUAUAUUUGCUCCAUUUCUGCUGAUUUAUAAUCUUUUUCCCUGUCCUGUCACCUACAGUUGACUCGGCUAUGAACACAAUAAACAACAGCCUUGACAUUGAAGGGAUAAGUCGCUUAAUCCGCGUCCCGAGGGGCUGCGCUGAACAAACCAUGAUUUUAACUGCACCAGGGGUGUAUGCACUCCGUUACCUGGAUCACACUGAGAAAUGGACAUUACUGUCACCUGAUCGUAAAGACCAAGGUCUGGCUGUUAUGAACCAAGGUGAGAGGUUUCUUAAUGAUCUAACACAAUGUCAAACAUAAUUACAACUUGUGGAAGAAGUGGGAUACAUAAGGCAGUUUACGGUUAUAUGAUAUCUACAAAUGUUUGGAUAUCUAUGACCCUUCCAGGCAAGGAGUACUAAGUAACUGAUAUGAUUUGUCAGCCAGCAAAUUCAUAAAUUAAAAGAUAAACUUACUAUCUUACUAUAUCAGGGGUCCUCAAACUCCGGCCCCCCAGAUGUUCCUGAACUACAACUCCCAUUAUUCUCUGGCUACCUAUGUAAUUCAAAGAAUCAUGGGAGUUGUAGUUCAGCAACAUCUGGGGGCCCGGAGUUUGAGGACCCCUGUACUAUUUGAUGCCUACACUUGGUGGAACUAAGGUAAGAUGUCAGACAGUUUACAAAUGGAGGGCCCAAGGGCACUCCUGGCGCCAUUAUCACUACCGGGAGCUGUAGUAGUUAUGGUGCCUAGACUGUUCUUUUAAUGUUUUUUACAGUUGGUGAUGUCACAAGGUGCUGACUGUGCCACUGUUAAUGGUGUCAGAGAUACUUUCAUUAAGCAAGAGACCAGUUUGCAACUGGAUAAAUAAAGUGUCACAAACUCUUGCAUUGGAAUACGUCAUGAAUGUGAUAUUGUUGGCAUAAACUCUGGGUGGAAAAUAAAUAUCUCUAUGUAUAGAUACUGGCUAUCAGACAUGAGCCACCAUAGUGAUGAUCCAUAAAUCUUUAUCCUGUUUAAAAAAUAAAUACAUCACAAAAUAUAUUUUUAAAAAAUUAAAAAUAGCCACCUGCUCAAAUUGUCAGAAAAAUUAAUUGUUGUAAAGACUAAAAAGCCCAACGCAUUUCAUGAUGCAUUUGUUCACAGGCCAUUGUUCUAUCUCUAAAGCUUAGCUAAUCAUAGCAGAAACAACAACUAUAUGGAGAUUAUAAAAAUAGUGUUCCGGGUGGGUUAUAAUGCAUCGUUUAUAGGUGCUGACAUAAUGUAAAUGUAAUUUACUCUAUAUAUGUCUAAGGCAGUAUCUGGUCUUUCUUUUUAACAGGAAUAACAAGGGUAUUAGAGUUUAAGAAACCCGAUGGAUCUUAUGGAGCGUGGACGCACCGAGCUAGCAGCACUUGGUCAGGGAACAAGUUCUCAUCACUUUCUUAUUCUUGCAAACCCACUCAUCCUCUUUCUCUUUCUGUGUUUGUUUUACUAAAAGUUGCUGUUUAAUUCAUUAAUCUUUCUCUUUGUGCCCAGGCUUACUGCCUUCAUUGUAAAAGUGAUGUCGCUCAGCCGCAAGUACAUAGACAUUGACGUGAAUGAACUACGCUUGUCUACAGACUAUCUAUGUACUAAGCAGAGAGACACCGGGGCAUUUGAAGAAAUCAUGCCAGUGAUUCACCAAGACAUGCAAGUAAGGAGACGCUAGUCAUUCCCAUUGGUUUCUUCCUCACUUGUAUAUUCAAAUGACCCACAAGCCCAUAUUUUCAAACCAGCAUCAUGGUAAGGACAUGCCCACUUUAAAAACUUCCCUUAUACAUUUAUCUAAAGUUCAUUUUCCUGAGAAUAGAUUUCUAUUUAACACAGAUAUCAAUUUAGAUAAUUUUCUUUUAACUUAAAAAAGGAAAAAGUUAUAGAUUGCAAUAGUUUGUAGAUUGCAAGCUCUUUCGAGUGGAGUCCUCACCAACGUAUGGUUCCUGUAAUAUUUUGUAAUUGUCUCAUCUAUUACUGAAUGUCCCUGUCAGGGUUGUAUAUAUGGAAUCCCAAAAUUAACAACUUGCAAAAAAUAACAAAGAAAAGUCCUAGACAAACAAAUACAAUCUGGCAAAGCAAGCAAGGUCAGACAAUCCAAAGGUCAAAUCCAGGCAGCAACGGUGAGGCAAUCCAAGGUCAGGUAACAGGUAUUCAGGAAAACAGGUAACAGCAGGAAGUAGCACAGAACAACUGAGCAAUGAAGGCUCAGCUGUUCCAGGUUUAAAUAGGGCGUCAGACGGAAGGCACACCUACUUUGACAAGCCUCCAUAACACCCUAUUGGUGUAUAGGGCUGUCCAUCAUCUGGGGUUGCCAUGGGGAAGUAAUUUCCUAAUAAUUUGUUCCAGCCGCGCUGGUCUGGUGUGAAACGAUCGCGCACGCCUCCCAGAGUUUAUGGCUGCAUUAUGUUUCUAUGUUCUAUGAAAAGAAGAAAAACUACCACAACAACAGGACAUAGUCUUAAAUUAGAGGGGCAAAGGUUUAAAAAUAAUAUCAGGAAGUAUUACUUUACUGAGAGGGUAGUGGGUGCAUGGAAUAGCCUUCCAGCUGAAGUGGUAGAGGUUAACACAGUAAAGGCAUUUAAGCAUGCGUGGGAUAGGCAUAAGGCUAUCCUAACUAUAAGAUAAGGCUAGGGACUAAUGAAAGUAUUUAGAAAAUUGGGCAGACUAGAUGGGCCGAAUGGUUCUUAUCUGCCGUCACAUUCUAUGUUUUUAUGUAAUGCAGCCUUCGCACUCCCAGUCCCCCCCAUGUAAUGCAGCCUUUACACUUCACAAAAUAAUUUGUAACUAGCAAUUUUAUAUAUUGGCAUGUGGCUGAUGAGUGGAUAACUCUGUUAAAUGGGCAGUAGUUUUGGUGUGCCCUGUGCCUGUCCCAUAAUCGGUAGACAACCUGGUUUUGGAUGGUUUGACAUUUACCAUGAUCCUCCUGACUAUUAUCCUUUUUAUUUCACUAACUUCUAAUGAAUGUAAUAAGGGGGCUUGUGGCACCAUAACUACUACAAAGUGGCUAACAAUGAUGAGUCCAGCAUUUGUUGUAGCACAUGAUGGCACAAUAAUAAGCUGUAGUGGUUCUGAUCCUAAGGCUGACCCUUAAACCUAUGUUUUAUUGUCUCGUUUUUGUUUUUUCACAGAAAAUUUCAACUAGAGUGCCAUCCUCCAAUCGUCCCUUUACUAACUGUCCUUUUUCAUUCCAGGGUGGCGUUAGUGGUACCAAUGCUGAAGUGUCUCUCACAGCCUACGUUACUGUAUCUCUUUACCAUUCCUUGAGUGCUCUCUCUGACAGCACAAACGUGGUAAGUAACUGACUCUUACUCCUUAAUAAUCUAUGAUCUCCAUCAUUCUUUAUUAUUUUUCCUUUUUAUCUUAUUUUCCUCCAUCACUCUUUUCUCCUGUUUUCCUCAUUUCCUGUUAUUUCUAGUCUCUACUUUUAUCCACUUUUCUUUGUUGCAUUUCACAGAAGACCAGUAUAAAUAAAGCGAUAGAAUACCUACGUACCAAACUGAAAUCCUUGACGGAAGCAUAUCCCAUUGCUAUCACUGCAUAUGCGCUCGCACUGACCUCUCAUGAUUCCGUUUUGAGAGACGAGGCCUACAUGUUCCUCAUGUCUCACCAACAAGGAGAUCCCAGUAAGUAAUACAACCUUUAAAGAGUUCUAAAAUUGUCCAAAAUGUUGGGUAUAUCCAAACCACAACCUAUUCAUACAACAACCCUAAAAUUAAUGCCUUUUCCUAUCCCUAGUCUCAAGGGAUAGGCACGUUCUUUUAUGUUGAAAUGUUGAGGGUUUCUGUGUUCAUGUGUCCAGCUCUGGUAGGCUUUCUGUAAAUUAAUGGCAAUUGCUUUUGUAUUUAAGCCUUGGUUAACUUUGUAAUUAUAAUAUUGUGUGUGAUUAUUGUACAUGUUUUAUUCUUUAAGCAAUAAAGAUUAUUUGGUAUAUGAUCAAAUGUGAGAGAGGCUGAACUUGAUGGAUGCAUGUGUCCUUUCAGCUUUCAUGGAAGCAUGAAGUAAGAAUAGUUAGCAUGCAUCCUUUUAUUUAUUGAUACUUUAUUAGUUGCCAGUUCCCUACCUUUUUCACAUUCUACUCUGUUUAAAGGGACAUUCUCUGUUUAAAGCAUUUAGCUUUUUCAUUUUACGAAGGGUGUGGAUUUUAAUAGAAACUGACACUUUUAUAAAUUAACCAUGUUACACCCCCUGGCUGUCAAUCAGACAAUUGGUUCUAUUACUUCCUGGUUGCUUAGCUCAGUGGAGCUAAACUCAAAAGGCAGCAAUUGCCCAGAGCACAGGCCCUGCAAAGACUUCUCAGUGAGCUGCAUUGGAAACAUAGAAAGUCUGGGCUGGGGAAGAAGGGGAGGGCUUGCAAAGGCUACAGACAGGAGAUCUACAGCUCUUGCAAGCUGUUUAUAAAUACACCCCAAUGAAAAAAUUAUUAAAUACAUGCAUGUUUUUACUUGGGGUAUGUCACUGGUUCGUGAGUCUGUUACUGUUAUUCCUUCAAUCCUCCACUAGUCCUAAUUCCAGAUGUGCUGAAUAUAGUGAAAGUAUUCCUGUUGUGUAGAGUUUCCCCAAUAUAAUGGAUGCAACCAGUCGUGUUGGGUAAAAGAAGCAUUCUGACCUUUAAUAGGCCGCACUUGGCUUUUUAUGCAGUGCCCCUAGCCUGGGGUUUCCAGAACAAAAUCACAGGGGUUUCCUUCCAUCGAGCCAUUGUGUUUGAGAGAUAGUUAAGCUCCAAUUAGACUAAUCCAAUUAUCUCUCAAAUAGGAAAGCUUGCAUACAAUUUUUAUAUAUCACAAAAUACAUGAAAACAGCAUAGGAACCCCACAAAAAUUAUAUUUCUGAUUAUCCCCGAUCUGAGCACACAACAUAUCCAAAAAUCGCUCAGAUUGCUUUAGUAAAACUAAAGUUAUGUUCGUGCAAAGUUUUGCCCGACCAGCCAUGAAGUGGUAGCCCAAAACAGUUCCAGAGAAUUGGUCAGACUGGCCAGUCACUUUUGGGUCCAUACGAACAAACUGACGAACACAUCCCCUGGCUGUUAAGAAAUUAAUGUUUCCCCCGUUCUCCUAGCUGGUCGGAUUGAACGGGCAGGGGUACAAGUUUCCGUGGGGUUGGCAAACACGCGUAGUUGUAUACAGUUCCAUGCUGUUGACGACCAUGUACCGCUGCCCUCGUUUGAGAGACCAAAAUGGCCACAAUUUGUUAGUGCACGUGCGUUCGUAUAUACGAAUGGCGGCCACCCAGGGAAUGCUUGUUUUGUAGUUAACAGCCAGGGGUGGUCGGUGAUUAUGAGGUGUUAACAAGGGGUCCACACAGAAUCUGUUUGUUAUCCGAACAGAAGGGAACCAUUCCAUUUGAAUGCAGGGAAACAUUAGACGAUUAUUAAGGGAACACGUACGAGGAGCCCCAUCUCCUGUGACAGGGUAUAUCUACUAAACAGUUAUUUUAAUUUACUUUUGGGGGGGGCGGGGGGCAGAGGAGCGUCCCUUUUAAUAUAUUUUGUAUAUCAAGCAUAUCAUUGUAUUAUUGACCUGUUAUUUAUCCCCCUCCCCCCCAGUGCCUCUUCUUUACUCCUAAACAUGUUAUUUUGGAAGUUAUUAUUUGAAUUCAUGUUUCCAGUAUAACUCAUGCCAAUUGCCUUUUUAUACUCUUGACAAAGGCGCAGCAUAGCGCCGAAACGCGCGUCACAGGUGACGCCAAUUCUAGGUGGUUUACUAUUAUUAUUAUUUUAACAGGGUCUCCUAGGUAGCCUGCGAGUAUUCACAGGAGAGGCUAUAUUUCUUAGUGCUGCCUCGAAGCAGAUAGUUACUUUGUGGGUAAGAGAGAAGUCCCUGUGGGGCUUAUUAUUUAUUUGUUCCCUCCACAAUGGUAGGGACUUAAUGAGAUGCCUUAAUAUGAGAGGAAGGUCUAUCUAAUAAGGCUUACAGACAGGUAUCAAAAUAGGGACUUUAUGUGGUAUGCUUUCACCCUGGUUCAGGUGUCUUUUGGACACAGUAUCUAUCUAGGUUAGCUACUACUUGUACUACUCCCAGAUACCUUUCUUAUACUCUUUUGAUCCAGCUUAAAAUUGAGGGUUUGUGUGGUUUUCCGCUCUCUACUUUUGGUAUUCUAACUGGAGUUUUGUUGUUUAUUGAGGUGGGGGGGUGGAACCAUUAUAGAUCCCUACCCUCCUGUUCCUUCUAAUUACAACCAACAAAUUACUCCAGAUUAAGCAUUUUUGAGUGGGGCUGGUUUGAUUAUAAAGGUGGGGGUAAGGUCAUGGGCGUCCGCAGGAAUUUUUCCAGGGGGGGGCAUAAUUGUAAUGACAUCCAUGCUUGGUACCUUUUUGAGUGUCAUGAAAGGGAAGGGGCAUAGCCAUUAUCACAUAAAGCCAGGGUGAACAGCGUUUUCACAACUAUGGUGUCAGGAAUAUAUGUUUGUAUUCCUGACACUAUAGUGUUCCUUUAAGCAAAUUAAAGGACCAUUCUGGUCACCAUAACAACUUCACCUAAAUGAAAAUGCUAUGAUGCCUGGAAGCCCCUGGGUGCUCGCUUUCCUUUAAGGGGUUAAAUCACUCUCAAAUGGUUUAACCCCAAAGGCUUCCUCCAGCUCCAGGUCGCUCAGUGGUAUUUGGCUUCUGAAACAGAGUGUCAGGAAGUGCAGAUUGACGUCAGGCAUGGGUGCCGCUGAUUGGCUAGAGUGGUCAGUUGACGCUCUAAGCCAAUCGCUAGUUCCCGGUUCAUAAAAUAUUUUUACUUUUUUAUGAAUGGGGAGCUACUGAUUGGCUUAGAGUGCCAGCUGACCGCUCUAGCCAAUCAGCAACACCCCUACCCAACGGCACUCUGUGCUUCCUGACACUCAGUAAAUAAAAGUGAACACAUUAAUACUGAUAUUUUUUUACCUUUGGAGAUGAGAAGGUCCAGCGUUUCCCUGCCUGGCCCAGGUACCAAAGCCUUAUGAUGUGGUGUCCAGAAUAAAGUGGAGGCUUCACUUCAUUUGUCCUUCCUGCUCCAAUUUCUUUUUCCUCUCCUUCAUUUGACAGUCUUUUUUUUUUUCUUCUGACACUGUUUUCUAUCCUUGGCCCCUUCUGCUCUUUUACCUUUCUGCUACUUUCUGCUUAUUUUGCGCCCUUCUGCUCCUUUCUCAUUCUGAUCCCUUUCUGCUCCUUGCAGACCCUUUCUGCUCCCUUUUCUACUUUAUCUUUGUGCUCCUUGCUGUCCUUUUCUGCUCCUUCUCCUACUUUACCUUUGUGCUCCAUCUGAUUCUUUCUGCUCCUUUACCUUUGUGCUCCUUCCUGCUCCUUGCAGGCCCUUCCUGCUCCUUCUCCUAUUUUACCUUUGUGCUCCUUCUGCCCCUUCCAGCUCAUUUCUGACCCUUUCUGCUCCUUCUACUUUACCUUUGUGCUGCUUUACCUUCCAGCUCCUUGCUGACCCUUCCUGUUCAUUUCUGUUCCUUUGUGCUCCUUCUCCUACUUUACCUUUUGUGCUCCUUGCUGUCCCUUCCAGCUCCUUGCUGCCCCUUUCUGCUCCUUGAUGUCCCUUCCUGCUCAUUUCUGUUCCUUCUCCUUUUCUUACUUUACCUUCCUGCUCCUUGCUGACUCUUCAUGUAGGCUGUCUCCCCCAUCCCUCACUUCCAUAGGCGUGCGCACGGGGUGUGUCGGGUGUGCAUGGGCACACCCUAGUCCCCGCGGCACGCCAAUGGAUUGAGACCGGCAGGGGAUAUUCCCGGUCGGCUCAUGCAGAGCCGACGCUAUCCGAGCGGCAGCUCUGGUCUAAGCCUCCAUGGGCCGGUGGGGAGAUCAAAGUUCUACCUCACGGUCCACAGCAGCAUGGAGGGAGGCAGCAGAGAACCCGGGCUAGAGUUCACUCUCCACUGAACCACCAGGGAAGGCAGCAGGACUGGGAUAUUAACUAAUCUGCCCCCACCUCCACCCAAACAUACAGCACACACACAGCACCUACACACAGCACACACAGCCCACAAACAGCACCCACACACAUACAUCACCCUCGCACACACAGCACCCAUACACACCCAGCACACUAACAGCAUCCUCACAAACACACAAAACCCACACACAACACCCGCACAGCACCCACACACAAACAGCACACUCUCAUACAAACAGCACCCUGACAAACACACAACACCCGCACACAAACAGCACACUAACAGGACCCGAACAAACACGCACACACAAACACCCUCUCACACACACACACACAGACACAGCACACUACCAGUUCCCUCACAAACAGCACCCUCACACACAGCACACUAACAGCACCCUCACACACACACACAGCAGUGUGUGUGUGUAUACAUGUAUAUAUAUAUAUAACAUAUAUGUAUAUAUAUAUAUAACAUAUAUGUAUAUAUAUAUAUAAUAUGUAUGUGUAUAUGUGUAUAUAUGUAUAUGUGUGUAUAUAUAUAUAUAUAUAUAUAUAUGUGUGUAUGUAUGUAUGUAUAUAUAUAUAUAUAUAUAUAUAUACAUACACACACAUACAUAUACACAUGGCGUGUUUGUGCUUUAGGGUGCACACCCUAAUGCAAUAGGCUGUGCACGCCUAUGCUCACUUCCCUUAUCUAUAGGCUGCUGCCCCCCCAAAAUCUAUAGACUGCUGCCCCCCCAGCCUCACUCCCUAAUCUAUAGGCUGCUGGUCCCCCCAGCCUCACUCCCCAAUCUAUAGGCUGCUGCCCCCCCAAAAUCUAUAGCCUAUCUCAAACCCUCCCACCAUCCCCCACUUACCUGAUCUGUAGGCUGUCUCUGGCUGCAUGUGUUGUUCCCCUGCGGUUUCAAUCAGCAGAGAGAAGCAGGGAUAAGAUGCAGCUUCCUAUCCCUGUCUCUCUCCAUACACAGCGCCACCUACUGGCCGGCGCCGGUAUUGCAGUUCAUUUUCAAUCACACGAAAAAUAGCAGAACAAGCUGAAAAAUCCAGGGGGGGGCAAGUGCCCCCCCUUGCCCUCCCCUGCGGACGCCCAUGGGUAAGGUACUAUCUAAAAUUCCUACCCUCCUGCUCCUUAUAAUCACAUGUCACUAAACAUACCAGUUCACUGGAUUAUAGUUACAUAGUCCUAAUCUAGCUCUACUGAAAUACUUACCUCUACUGAAUUCUUACCUGUUCUAAUAUUUAUAAAUAUUUUGAAUAUUAAGAACAUUUCUAAAACUUCUAAUAUUUUAAAUAAACGCCUUGCUCUAUCUUCCUGAUCUCCUUUGACUGCUGUAAUUCCGUCUAAAUGGCUCCAUUUUAGCCAUCCAUUUGGAAUAACAUUGUAAUGGUGAACAGCUGUUCUUUUGAUAUUAUUCAUCCUUUGAUUUGGAUUGAUCAGGGAUUAGUACAUUUCUGCAUGUUUAGGCUACGACGGGUUAGGCAGACUACCUAGGUUUCUCCAUUUAAAGUCACCUUUCACAAUCACAUUUUUUCUCACUUGUUUUUUCUUCACUGUGUAAAUAUUAAUAAAGAUUAUACAAUUUUUAGUUUUUUACUGAUUACAUUGAGUUGCAUAUCUCUCAUGUGGGUAAUCUUAUCUUUUUUUGAGAGUGAAUACCCAUAGUCUUUGACUUGGGUCCCUUUCUCUCAUAAAGAGAUUCAUUUUUCUAAUGUCAAUUCCCAUUCUUUGCCUUACCUUAUUCUGCCUUCUUGUCCCUUGAAACAUUUUUGUUCCCUCUAACAGUAUAUUGAGAGGUUGAAACACACUUCAAAUUUAUCCUUUUGCCUGUUAUCCAAUUCUUCUUAACACAGAGAAGAAUGAUAUGUAUUUUGGACCGAAAACUAGUGCCCUCGCUGUAGAGACCACCGCCUAUGCUCUGCUGACUGCUCUACUCCGUAAAGAUAUGCCCUCUGCCCAUAGGAUGUAUACCUGGCUAACCGAACAGCAGAAUUAUGGUGGGGGCUUCAAGUCAACCCAGGUGAGGGAAGACAUUAAAAUGGAAGAUGAUGGUGAGAGAAUUAGCAAAUGUGUGCUUGUGUGUUUUCAAAAAAUUAUUUGGAGACUUUUUGAGCAUUCAAUAUACCUGUAUCUCAAAGUGCAAAAAGUAUCAAUCACUGUUUGUUAAAGAUAAGGAAACAAAAUUCACAUAAUUUAAAAGUUGCCAAUUUCUAUCAUGCAUUUAACAGCCAGAUGGGAUCCACUAGCAGGUAUAAGUGUUAGUGUUUUCCAAAAAGUGGAGCAUGGUGGGGAGAAACGGGGGGUUUCAUUGAAUGAAGUGGUCUGACUUUACUGGUCCUUUAAAUCUGUUUUUUUACCUGUUGUUAUUUUUGUGCGCUUUCAUUUGGAGGAAAGGAAAGGAGGGAAGGUCUGCUUCCUGCUGGCCCCUAAGUGGGCAGCGGAAGCUCGAAGAGACACAGUCCCAUAUUUUGUUGAAGUGGAUCAUGGUGUCAUGUAUUGCUGCAGAGAGUUUGUCCAUCUUUUUUGCACCUUCCACUUCGCGUGGUACCGCGCUUAGUGGUGGGAUGUCUGUCCUUCCCCAGUUUUCUGCAAUUGCUCUCUGUGUUGCUAGCGCAACAGAGUUAACUAUCUUUUAACUUCGCAAUAUUUAGUUAUUCACUUCCUUUGUUCAUCUUGAAGCUGAACUCUCUGAUGGCUCUUUUGACUGGUGACAGGUCCAAUGGCUAAAUUAACGCGAUUCUAUAGUGUAAGAAACACAAUGUUGUAUUCCUAAAGUUGUGUUCCCUCUGCUACCACACCUACUAGCUCAAAUGUUUUGACUCUAGCUCAAUUCCAGCUCUAUCUCCCUCAGUGCUGAAUCGGUACUCUGCCUCCUCUGACAUCAUCCAAGCACAUUGGAGAUUUUACUGACACUGGAUGUCCUCAGGCAACCAAAAGCUGCUAAACUACCAGGAAAUGCCUCUAGUGGCUCUCUGGUUGACAUCCACUAGAGGCAGUCUUUGUCUUGCAAUGUUAUGAUUGCAGUUUCUAAAAAAUAGGCUGAAGUGGUCUGUGUGCCUAUAGUGUCCCCUUAAUGUAACUAUGAGAUGUUCUUUAAUUUUUCAUAUUUAUAUUUGUAGAUUUCAAUUUUUAAUUCACAUUGCAUGUCUCUCUAUAUAGGCAUACAUAUCCCAUGUAGAUUUUGAUCAAGGCCAAUAUUUUAUAUAUUACACAUAAAUCUGAUAUAUCAGAAACACAGCGAAAUAGACAUUAUGUAGAUAUAUUCAGCUAUUUUUCCAGCAAAGUUAUUUUGAACUAAAACUUGAAAUGUAUUUGUUAAUUCACAAUUCUCAGCAAGUGAUUUGUGGAGAACAAAAAACUAAUUUGCAAACAUCUUGAAUGUCUGCCUUUUUGUGAUUUGUUAGCAUAAUUAAAAUCGUUCAAUUUUAGUUCAUGCAAAAAUCUUUUAUCAUCAACAAAUUUCAAAUACUCUAUUUUCAUGGGCAUAAGAACAGUUUCAUAGAUCGUGUAUCUGAUUUUAGCUAUAAAAUUUACAUUGAUUAGAAUUAAAAUAAUUAUAUGAGUGUUCAAAAGAGUUCAAUAACAAAAUAAAAAUAGUACAGAGAAUCUGCGUUGUAGAAGAAGUGGAGGAGGUUUAGCGAGAAGAAGGCAAUAACUGUCCAAAUUUCGUUACGUGUAACCUGUAGGACACCGUGAUGGCCCUUGAAGCUCUCUCUGAAUACUGGAUUGUCACUAGCAGCGAAAAUGAGAAUUUUAUAGACGUGGAAAUAAACUCAUUAGAACGACAGGAUCGUAGGCAGAAAUUCCAGCUGCGGAAUGAGGACAGCAUUGAGGAAGAGAUGGUAAGAGGGGAGAAGAUGAGCGGUGUAAAUGGGAUACUGGGACAGACAAUGAUAAACUGAUGAAUGUGAGAAACGCAGAGUAACAAAGGUGCGUUACGAUGAAUGAAUAGAGAUUGGAGGGAAUAGUGAGGGGUGGCAAUAGAAGGAAGAGAUACAGACGGGAGUUGAUGCAAAUACGUGUGGAAUGGAAUGAUAGCGUAACAGAGGGGAAUGGACAUGACGAAAUCGAGCAUUGGAGAUAGAAGGACACUGACAGAUAUUAACCCUUAUUUAUUUAUACAGAGGUCAUUCGGAAAAAGCUUUGAAAUAAAAGUUACUGGCAAGGGAAAAGCAACUGUAACAGUAAGUAUUAAUUCCAUAGUUAUACAGUUGGGUAUUAUGUGGAGCGAGGCUAAAAAACAGAAGCAAACCAGAAGACUAUAAAUCGUACAAUUCCACAAAUAGAAUGCCCCAAUACAGGGCAAACCUUUCCCAGAAUCCUUUGCUAAAAAUUAUAGCAUUAACCCCUUAAGGACGGAGCCAAAUGUACACAUUGUGAACAAAACAAAAUGUAAACAAAACCUGCCAUUUGCGCUACAUGUCUGUCCAACCGUAAUACACCUCUUUCAUAGUAAAUGCACCCACCCUUAUUAUAUAUCAUUUUAUUCAGGGGAAACAGGGCUUUCAUUUAAUAUCAAAUAUUUAGCUAUGAAACAUAAUUUAAUAUGAAAAAAAUGGGAGAAAAUAAGUUUUUUUUGGAUUUUUUUAGUUCUACAUGACAUUUUAACGGUCAAUGUCAUAAUACUGUUUGCUUUUACUGCAAUAAAAUACACAUAUUUAUAUUCAGUAAAGUCUCACGUGUAAGACAGUACCCCCUAUGUACAGGUUUUAUGGCGUUUUGGGAAGUUACAGGGUCAAAUAUAGCACGUUACAUUUGAAAUUGAAAUUCGCCAGAUUGGUUACGUUGCCUUUGAGACUGUAUAGUAGCCCGGGAAUGAAAUUUACACCCAUAAUGGCAUACCAUUUGCAAUAGUAGACAACCCAAGGUAUUGCAAAUGGGGUAUGUCCAGUCUUUUUUAGUAGCCAUUUGGUCACAAACACUGGCCAAAGUUAGCGUUAGUAUCUGUUUGUGUGAAAAAUGCAAAAAAUGACAAUUUUGGCCAGUGUUUGUGACUAAGUGGCUACUAAAAAAGACUGGACAUACCCUGUUUGCAAUACCUUGGGUUGUCUACUAUUGCAAAUGGUAUGCCAUCAUAGGGGUAAUUUUCAUUCUUGGGCUACCAUAGGGUCUCGAAGGCAACCUAACCAAUCUGGCGAAUUUUAAUGUGAAAAAACUGAAAUGCAAGCCUUAUAUUUGACGCUGUAACUUUUGAAAACACCAUAAAACCUGUACAUGAGGGGUACUGUUGUACUCGGGAGACUUCGCUGAACACAAAUAUUUGUGUUUCAAAACAGUAAAAAGUAUCACAGCAAUAAUAUUGUCCGUGUAAUGCUGUUUGUGCGUGAAAAAUGCAAAAAACUUCACUUUUACUGGCGAUAUCAUCGUUGUAAUACAUUUUACUGUUUUGAAACACUAAUAUUUGUGUUCAGCGAAGUCUCCCGAGUAGAACAGUACCCCCCAUGUACAGGUUUUAUGGUGUCUUGGAAAGUUAUAGGGUUAAAUAUAGUGCUAGCAAAUUAAAUUCCCUUUACUUUCGGCAUGGGUUGUCAGGCAGGUCCCGCUAAUUGUAAUUAAUUAAGAUACCUAAUUAUGUAAAAAUAUUACAUAAAUAUAUAUGUAGAAUUAAUAUAUGUAUAUAUAUACGUAUGUGUAUAUAUAUGUAUAUAUCUAUAUAAUUUUUUAAAUAUUUUUAUUUAUAUAUAGGUAUAUAUAUAGUGAUAUAUACGUAUAUAUUUAUGUAUAUAGAUAUAUAUAUUAUUUCGUUCUACGUGUAUUUUGAUAUAAAUAUAUAUAUAUAUUAAUAUCACAAUACAGUUAGAACGAAAUAACACACAUCUAUAUAUUUUUUAAUUAUUUAUUUUUAAUUAUUUUUUUAAUUUUAUUUUUUAACGUAUUUACAUUUUUAUUUUUUAUAUUAUAUAUAAAUAUAUAUAUAACAAUAAUUAUAUAUAUAUUUAAUCAGUAUCAGUCUACGUGUAAUUUGAUAUUAAUAUAUAUAUAUAUAUUAUAUAUAUAUUAAUAGUAAAAUACACCUAGACGGUGUAUGUGUGUGUAUGUAUAUGUGUAUAUAUAUACUUAGAUCAUAUAUAUAUAAUAUAUAUAUAUGAUCUAAGUAUAUAUAAUUAUUUUUUUUUACACCAUUAACUUUUUUUAUUUUUAUUUUCAGCCAGCAGGGGGACCACCUGUCAUUACAGGCAGCCCCCCUGCCGGCAAUACAGAAGCCAGCUAUACCCGGCCAUGUGAUUGUGGGGUCCUCGCUAGGACCCCACUCUCACAUGGCCGGGGGGCUUCGACGAGGACGGAUGUGCCGCGGGGGGCUCCCUGGGAGUCCCCCCAACCGCGAUCGCCGGCGUGGGACUGCCGGCGACCGGGUAAGUUAACAAAAACCGGAGGACGUACAAUUACGCCCGGCGGCGUUUAGAGCCGCCUAUUAGAGGGCGUAAUUGUACGUCCUCCGGUUUUAAGGGGUUAAAGAGCAUUGAGCUAGAUAAAUCUAAUUUUUCAUCCAAGCAAACACAUUGGAUAAGAAUUUUAGGACAGGGUGUCAGCCACCUCCCAAUUGUCCCACUGCUAACGUAAGGCAUGAUGAGGCUGUACGUACACAUUGCCUCCUCCUGUGAAUAUGGUCUUGUCACCGCUUUAGAAUCUGCGUGAGCCUCACACCUCUGCAACAACAGAGCACGUGCCAAGAGGGAACAGAUAGUAUAUGAAAGGGCUAAUUACUAACGUAAGAAUUGCCAGGGAUUCAAAGGGAAUUUAAAAUGUAAGGCUAAAAUAUACAAACUGAACACAGCAUUGGCAAGGAUAAUAUUUCUAAAUCAACUCAUUUGGCCUAAAUUCUGAACUUAAUUUUGAAUUCUUGCUUUAGUGAUUAAAGCUGAUAUAUGUGAUAUGGCAGUAUCACUGAACUCCAGGUAUUUACUAAACAAACUCUUGCCCCAAACCAUCCCUCACAUCAAGCAGAGGAAGAUGGAGAGAGAGAACCAGCUGUGUCUUUUUAUGUGUGGGGCUCCCCUGACUCCGAGUUAUGUCAUAUGAAUAAAUAUUGUAUCAAAAUGAAAUCUGUGUUAAUUCUAUACUGAGAUAGACAUGUCCAAGCCCCCAUAGCUGUUACUAAUUUUGAAAAUGUCUAGGCUCUUACAGUGUUAGAACCUAAUUAUGCCAUAUAAUCAGAUUCAAAAGUCAGAUAAUCUGACCGCAGAUUCCAACUCCAACGAAUGACAAGGUUCUGCGAUUGUGUCAUUGUUUGAUUUGAUGAUGUGAUUUUGUGUUUAUGCUAUUGUGCAGUUAUCAUUGCUUACAGCUGCCUGGUUGUAUUGACCUGGAUCCUGAUGGUGAUGUUUGUGUGACUUUUCUCAGGUGCUGAAGUCAUACAAUGCCAUGCAGACAGAGACAUCGACAUGUUCAAAACUGGGACUCGAGGUAACAUUGCAGGAAGUGGAUGGUAAUGCAGGUAGGUGACUUUAAAGUAUAAAGCAGUUGUUACUCUAUUUGUAAUGUUUGAAUGUUUUACUUGCCCUUCAUUCAAUCUGGACUGCCCCCCAUAUCUGCUCACAAGAGGCAUGAGGCUAUUGCUGCACCUUACUGCACACGGAUAAGCAGCAUACCCUGUAAGCAGCAUAGUAACAACAGGAGCUGAAUGGAUUAGAGCAAGACAGGGCUUAAAGCGACACUACUGGCACCAAAACAACUUUAUCUUAACAAAGCAGGUUGGGUGUAUAGAUCAUGCCCCUGCAGUCUCACUGCUCAAUCCUCUGCAAUUUGGGAGUUAAAUCACUUUAUCACACAACCUCUGCAUAUGUCUACACUUUUCUGAGAUAGAUCUAAUGUUUACAUUUCCUUUAUUGCACAGUGUGUUCAAUUUAGAAUUUAUUAUCUACUGCUUUGUUAAUAGCCUGCUAGAGUCUUCAGGACACUAGGGAAUAGGCAAAUAUAACAACAGAAUGAGAAUAGAGAAAUAUCAGCAGUGAAUGCAACAACCAAAGUAAAACUAAAAUCUGUAACGAGAAUAUACCCCAACACGCAGGAUUCAGCUAAACAGAAGACAACACAGAGGAGAGAUACGUCUACCGGACCUUAGAAUGGCCGGACUCGACGUAUAUGAGAGGAGACAGAGUCAGGAACGAUCCGAAGUCAAGGGCACAGAGAGACAGCGUAAACUAGGACUAGCCGGGGUCUGGUACACAGUAAACAGCAAGCCGGCAAACAGAACAGAUAAGGAUAAAGAGAAAACGUAGUCAGAAACAAAGCCAAGGUCAAUACAAAGAAACAAAACUGAAUCACAACAAGCGCUAAAGGGAACUGAAACAGAAACCACGAUAGGGCAGGGAGUAAAGGGAGAGGUAAGUUUAAAUAGCUUCUAAACUAAUGUGAUUGGCUCCUGUCAUAUCCACACCCCCAAAAGGUAAGUGUAUGGGGAGUGUGGCAUGACAGGGGCCAAUGGGAUCCUUUUAUUAAUUUAGGCUCCCACUGUCUCUUUAAGAGCGCGCCAGAGACUCGCGGCGCGCUCUUAGAUUCAGGCGGGACACGUGACCGCUUCUUGCGGUCACUGCCCGCCUUCCCAUUGAAGCCGUCGGAUGAGCCGCGCGCGGCUCGUGCAGCAGCAGGACCGCGCGUGGCUCGAAGAGAGGACCGCGGCCGGCCCCUGGAUAAGGUAAGUAACGCUACAAAAUCUCGACCUAAAACCACCCCUUUCAGCAUUUUACUAUUUGAAUUUCCAGUGUACUUGCUUAUAUCCCCUUGUAUCUCUUCAUCCGCAGUGUUUGAAAGUACAGAGGACUAUGAAUAUGAGGACUAUGGGGAGCAGUUGGCGGAUGAGCCCAGGGAUAACAUCGAUUGGCAGGACAAGCGAACUAGAGCUCAGAGAGACCUCGCUUGGCACGACAUGCGUACAAGAGCACGGAGAGAGGCGUCUCAACCAAAAGCCAAUGACCCAAAGGUGUCCUACAAAGUCUGUGUGUGGUAAGGAAAAGGAGAGAAAAAGACAGAUUGAGAGACCACAUUAUAUUUAGCCAUCAACAAGAGAAUAUGAUGGGUAAGGCAGGGCAAACAUUAGAACAGGAUAACACAUGUUAAAUUUGGGGUAGAAUUUUAAUCAUGCAUUGCCUCUUAUACAGAAUGGUGCUAUUAAAACUGAUGCAAAGUUGCUUCACAUUAACGUAGCUAGAGAGAACCAUGGGAAGAGGUAUUUUGGGUGAGCACAGAGAGUAAUGGGAAGGCUAUUUUUUAUUUAAGUAUUACUUUUCAAUAUAUUAUUAUUACAAACAGAAAUUUUUGAAUUUUAUAUUUCACUUGAGGUAUCAUAACAUUUUAAAGUUUAAAAAAUGGAAAUAUACAUUUAUUAUAAAACAAACGUUCAUUGAAAGUUUGACAAAAAGAAUGGUGAAAUCUGUAUUUCUUUUUAUCUCUUGCCUUUUGUCUUCUUUUGCGUCUCGUGACCCCCAUCCCUUUCUCUAACCCUGCUUGUCUCUAUCUCAGGAAAAAGCCAGGUGCACAUGUUUCUGGAAUGGCUGUUGUUGACAUUACAAUGCUAAGUGGUUUUGAACCCAACACACAGGAUCUCGAUAUGGUAAGAGUUGACAUUAUUUGAAGAAAACAUGCUUAAUAGUUUUUUGUACCUUUUCCAUCAUUCAUAGUGGUCGGGGUCACUGUAAAGUCCUACGUAACCUGGUAAAAUCUACUGAGCAUGGUGCCUUUUACUUAUAAACCGUCACCACCCUGAAAUGUAUUAUUAUAAGACACAGUUGUGCUUUGUUUCAAAUUAUUUCUGUCUUUUUAUUCACCUUCCCUGGAAUUCUUACAUGUCUUGUAAUGUGUGCUCUGUGUCUCGCAGCUGAAAGGAAGCAACGAACGCUACAUCAGUCACUAUGAAAGCCACCCUGGGAGAGUUGUCCUGUAUUUUGACAAUGUAAGUUAAAGUUACAGCCAAGGGAUAUAUAGAGGGUAGAUAUAGGGGAUAACAGUAAACUGAAAAGUGGGGGUUCGUUUUGCAGAUAUCAAUAGAAAACUGGUUAAUUGUAACUGGCAUUACAGAAUGAAGACAGGGAAAAAUGCACUUAUAGGAGCUGUCUCGAUCAGUACGGGCCCUAAGCUGAAACCUCUUUUCUUCACCAUUACAAUCUUGUACCCACAAGGCUGGCAGUAGAAGGGGCUGAAACCUCUUUUCUCCACCAUUACAAUCUUGUACCCACAAGGCUGGCAAUAGAAGGGAAUGGAGUUUGGAUUUUGUGGGGCAUUUAGAAGAAGAGUUUAGAAUAAGGGGUCCCCAUGAAAGCUGCACCCACCCUUGAUCCCACAUAGAACAUAUGAUAACAUAGGAUUGGUCUGUUUCCCCACUUCUUAUUUUCGCUCUUUGCCUUUGCAGACUGUAUUAACAAUCUCUCUGUCUCUCUGGACAUAUCUCAGGUCCCAGAUACUGUGGAAGACUGUGUGGUUUUUGAAGCCAUUCAGAAAGUUCGAAUUUCCCUCCUCCAGCCUUCAUCUGCCGUUGCUUAUGAUUUCUAUGAGCCAGGUAGCAUCAGAGAUAAAUGAAAGGCACAUUGAUCACUAAACAUUUUGAUCUGUCUCUUUCUCAACUUUUUUUAAGCUUUCACAACCAGGUUGUUUAUUCCUUUUAUCUCAUGUAAUCUGUUGUUUCUCUUUAGUUUGGUUGCAGCUCUAUUGUACCGUGCUACUAAAUAUGUUCAUGCUAUAUAAAUACUAAGGUGCUAUUGUUAAAAUAUUUGUCCCCACAGAGACCCGAUGCACAGCUUUUUAUGCAGCACCCAAUAAACCAAAAUUCAUUAGCACUCUAUGCACAGGUGAAGUUUGUCAGUGUGCAGAGGGUAAGUAUUCACCAGAACUCAAGCAUUCUAUCUCAAUAUUCAGAUGACCAAGCACAGUCUCCCCUUCAUUGAAAUGUGACUGCAUGUUCAUGUGAAGCAGUUAAAUAUGUGCACAUGGAAUUGUAUGACCCCCAAAUAAAACUGUGCCCCCAAAAAUGAACUAGAAAAUUUCUUAAUGCAGUCUUGUCCCAAAAUGCAUUGUAUUUUAUUAUUUAAAGCAUGAUUAAAAUUCAUGGAUGUUCUACAAACCAGUAAGCCAACAAUCCGGAUGUACAGUAUAGUCUUCUCAUUAUCUUGAAAAAAACAAAAGUUAGGAGGCCCCUUUCUUGGACUUGUAAGAGGUAUCUAAGAAUAAUACAUGCAGUUCUCAGAGACUGUUAAUAGUUUUUAGACAUUGUGUUGUCUCUCCUAAUUAUAUAUAAAAAACUUUUUUUUUUUUUUUUUACAAACAUGUUGUACUUUUAUAUUUAAAUACAGGUUCAUGCCCUGAAAAACGGUUUAUCAUGAUUAAGCGUGAAGAUAAAGUCCUAACGCUUACGGGUCGACAAAACUUUGCCUGCUAUGAUCCUAUAGUUAAGAAUGGUGAGAUGUUCUAGUUAGCAUGGUUUUGGGUGGGAAUGAGACAAAAUGUGAGCGGUUGGUCAGAAUAAAAAUCAAUCAGUAGGAAAUGAGAAAAUCUUUGGGCCCAAAGUAUAAAAUGUUGGCGGAAAAAGAGACAGAUAUGGGUGGGAUUAGAAAGUCAUGCAGUUGGGAUUAGAUAUUAUUUAGAAUAGAAGUAGAUGUUAUAGACUCAUGGAAUGUGUUGUGGGUAGGAACGAGAUGAUAUGUUGGGGGAAUGGGCCGGGUUGUAGAAGCAAAGAGGAGAGUUGUGACUGUGAGAAUGAAAACAUGGACAGGUAGGAAUGAUAGAGAAUGAUAGAGAAUGCCAGAAAUAUAUAGAGAAUGCCAGAACUAUAUAAUAUUAAAGGGACAAGAAGAAAUGAGGGUGAAAUGGAGCGAAUGAGAAUAACGAAGAAACUGAUACAGGAAAGGGAGAAUUUGAAGUGAUUGGGACUGUAAUCUGUAGCACAAUUCUCAUUGAAAAAUACAUGUUAAAAGAAACAAUGAGUGUAAUGUAGGUGAAUUUACAACAAGGAAAUUAAUAAUUUAUUAUGCAUACUAGUAAUAGAAAAUAAUUUAUAUAUCAUACUUCCUUUUAAAUAGUUUCAGAAUCAGGAUUUCCCAUGUGUGCCAUUGAGCCUCAGGAACAGUUGGUAAUAACAAAGAUCUUCAUGGCACUGUAUGUAAUGACCACAGAUACAAUACAAUAGUUGUUUUAUCUCCAUAAACACAGGUUACCGGGUGAAGGUGGAGGCCAUUACAGAGGAAGACGCGUUUAUAGUCUACAAAGCUAAGAUUGUGGAUGUUCUACAAACCAGUAAGCCAAAGAGCCUGAUAUACAGUAUACUCUUAUCUAGAUCAGGGCUUGAAAAAUUCCAUAGAAUCUAUAAAAGGGACAGAAGAAAAGGCUAGGAGGCCCCUUUUUUUGGACUUUUGUGACAUUUCACACAAUAUACACAACUACUCAAUAUGUAGGAAAAUUAAUUGUGCUGUGCCGCUGCCCCACUCCCCAACUAUAUAAAGUUCAAAAACAUGUGAAUACAGACUCAGUGUUAAACGAUCACAGGAGAUCCAGUGGUGCGUCAACCCAUAUUCCUGAGUAUCCAUGAAACCACAGCAACAGAAUCGAUGCUCAUAGUGUGGUCAAGCUGAAUCUACGGAAUCAAAAGGAUGGUCCGUGAAAGGUGCCGUUUUAUUAGUGCAAAACAUAAUACGUGCAAUACAAGAAUGCUGGCAUACUAGUUACAUUAUCUGCAGAACUUCAAAAUAAGUGGAGAGGGGAGAGCAGGAAAAAAAAAAAAAUGCCCAGAAAAAGAGACACUGUCAGUGUUUUGUGUUGAAAACAAAGCUUUCUCUGCAGCUACCUACCGUAUAUAUUACAGCUACCCAUAUAUUAAUAGGAUACAAAGGAAAGCCCAGAAGCCCUGUCUGAACCUUAAAAAUAACAUGUUGAAGUUUCCAAUCAGAAAUUGGGAGAUUAUAGUUGAACAACACACAGAAAAAAAGCCAACAAGAAAGUAUCAAAACAGUUAAAUCAACAUGCAUUUUAUAAACGGAUUGAAAUGUUUAAAGGGUUAUUCUAAGCAUCGUACACACUAUAGCACACUUUAGUGGUUAUGAUACCAGAAGUACAAUGGCCCGGUCGCCUGUAAUAAGGCAAACUGUUACUGUUCCGAGGCUGGCUGGUGGUCUGGUGAUGCGAUUCCAUCGGCUGCAGAAGCCGCAGUCUUUGACAUUCCUUGGCUGACAGCAUCAGCUGCUGGCUCUCAGCCAGUGACUGGCUUUCUAUGCAAUGAAGUGACAUUAGCCAGCCCACUGCUGGAGGUGGAGUUACACCUUUUACAACAGAGGCGUUAAACUCUGUAUGUGCAACGUUUCAUAGCAAAAUACUGCACAUACAAACUCCAGGCACCAUAACCAUUUCAAAUAGUAGUCAUAGUGCUUGGAGCAACCCUUUAAGUAACAUAAGUGUUUGGUGGCAGAAUUACUCUUAUUUUUUUCCUGACGUCUGUCCAUCUGUAUGUUUCCAACUCUAGCCGGAGAUGAGGACAUUGAACCUGGUAGUAUUCGGUUAUUCUAUCAACGCAAAUCAUGCAAAAUGCAUUUGACGGAAGCAGACUAUCUGAUAAUGGGAAGAGAUGGAGAGACCAAGGACUCAGAAGGAAGGUAAAGGGGGAACGGGUAGAAUAUCCUUCCAAAUGACCCAGGCACAAUUCAGUCAUUAAGUCAUUCACUUUCUAAUUGUCCUAUAUUUGGAAUCUUAUAUUUAUUUUGUGAAGUAUACAAAUGUUUUCUUUACGAUGCUCCUGUUUUACUAACAUGUUUCAAUCUCAUCGCCUGUCUCUCACUCUCCAUCAGAAUGCGAUACUUUCUGGAUAGCAAUUCUUGGGUAGAGGAGUUGCCCGGCCCACAAGUAUGCUCUGCAACCCGUUUCCGGAACCAGUGCUUCGAUUUGACAAGCUUUAUGGAGACCUAUAAAUCCAAUGGUUGCCAGGUGUAACCUGAACCUGUUUAUUGACAAAAAUCUGUUUAAAAUUCGAUUAAUACAGAUGGAAUGCUGCUCCCAGAAUUCCAUCUGUACACAUCCACUGCUUGCGUUUUAUUUCUAUCACUAUAAUAAACACACUGUGAAACUCACUGGCCGUCUUUAAGUUAUCUGAGAUUUCUCUGAAUGUUUUUGAUGUAGAAGGGAGAUUGGUUGAAUUCUAGAAAAUCAUUCUAUUUUGGCUAAAGCUCAGGACUUCCAUAGGAUUCCUGUACAUAUCUCAAGUAAUGGCACAGAUUACAAUUACAGGGUUAUUCACUAAACACUCUGAAUGGACAAAUUGGUGAACAUGGCUGAUUUAUGAUCAGACUGACAAUUCUCAUAUUUACUAACGCCCGUUCCGGUCGAAAUUUGGUCAGUCCAACUGAAUCUGUAUUAUUUAGUCAGAAACAUUUGGUGUGUAUUUUCAAAUCAGUACUUUUCG